CUGACAGUGUGACUGUGUUGUACUUUUUUUCCGUAUCACAGUUUGUGUGUUAAUGAACCAUGUGUAACUCUGUGUACAUAGAGGUCUAAUUGAUGGCAUACUUAGUGUAUAGAAAAUGAUACAUUAGCAUAUUUUAUAGCUGACACCCCACUGUAUUUUGCAGACAACUGGUAAUAAUUGCAGCCUCUCCCUCCAGCUUCUUGGCACACCCAGAUUGAAAGCUCCCGCUCAGGAUAGACAGAGAUAUUCUGUGCAUUCUUUUGGGAGCAAGGUUUUUCCAGAAGUCACAAACUUUUACAAAACCGGCAAAAUGGCAAGUUACUCUCAGUCAUCUGACUACGAUGAAUCUCUAUGGCAAUCAGAUAAUUUCAAGGGAAGAAAAAGCCCUCUCACUAGCACCCCUACGUCAAGACGUUACACUAAAGAAGAAGUUAGUUAUACAAAUGGCUCCUACUCUGAAAUCUUAGAAGAGACCUUUACAUCAAAAGUAAAGAUUACAACGGAAAGUUCAUCAGCACUGCAUUUGGAAGACGCAGAGAACAAACUGAGUAACACACUCUCUUCCUAUGUUGAUAAGGUGAGCAUUGGGGGAAGGGGGAGUGAUGAUUUCAUCCUUGAGUCUUUGCACGAACAUAAGGACGAAAUGCAGGAAGCACGGAGAAAGCGAAGUGCACACAUAAACAAGACAAAAGAUAGGAGGCUUAUGCAAAGCAUAAUGCUACAAUCAGGCUUUGUCAGCCAGGGAGAAUCAGAUAGAUGACUGAUAAUUAUAGGAAUUCACAGGAGCUUGAUCAUCAUGGGUCCUUGAUGGACUGGAUAGAACUACUGUAAUCAGUUUGUGUUUACUGCUCACAUACAUAGCUAUUACCUCGUAUCACUUACUUCAGUGUUUCCCAAACUAGUCCUCAAACUCACCAUCAGUCCACGUUUUGUCAGCAUCUACAUUGGGAUAAAACAGGGAAAUACAUAAAUCCUGGAUUGUUGGUGGGCCAUGAGGACUGGUAUAGGAGCCACUAACUCACUUGACUAAUGUUAUACGCAACUUGAAAAUUGAUGUAGGGUAGUGAUGGCUAAUACUGCAUAUUUUUAUAAACUACAUUUCCCAAAAUACUGGGACAUUAAAGGACCACUAUAGGCAUCCAGACCACUUCAGCUCAAUGAAGUGGUCUGGGUGCCAGGUCCAUCUAGGGUUAACCCUGCCUGCUGUAAAUAUAGCAGUUUCAGAGAAACUGCUAUGUUUACAUAUGGGUUAAUCCAGCCUCUAGCGGCUGUCUCAUUGACAACUGCUAGAGGCUCUUCCGCGCUUCUCACUGUGAUUUUCACAGUGAGAAGACGCCAGCGUCCAUAGGAAAGCAUUGAGAAUGCUUUCCUAUGGACUGACUGAAUGCGUGCGCAUGCACAUUCAGCCAAUGACGUCCAAAGGGAUUGAACUUAGAUACAAUAGAGGAUUGAAUUUAAUAUGUAUAGAACUAUAAAUGGUAGAAGGCUGCUUUAAAAAAAAAGUUGUAUAAUGCUUAAAAACGUUUAGAUUACAAUGUGUUUUUUAGUGCUGUAUUAAGGAUAUUGAGUACACGAUAACACUUAUUUUGCAAAAUUAGACGUAACUUGAUGGAAUGAAAAUAUCUGUUUCUUUUUAAAAAGAUCCUUAUAUAAUUUUAUUUACAUGGCAAAAUAUUGAACAGAAUAAAAUGAAAUGUAUCCAAAAUAGUUGUGAAAUGUAUCCUGUAUAAACAUGGAAUUAAUUGGACCAACACUGUGGACCACUGACUUCUAAGAGUUAGCAGUGACUUGCAGCAUCACCCUGGUGGUUUGAAAGGAUAAGUUCAAGUGACAAGUAAAAGAUAAAGGAAACAGGGAUGAUAUCAUGUGCACCAAGGAUAGGAGUUAAAAUCAUCUUGUUAUUCACAAUUUUCACAUAGAAAAAUAACAUGCUGUGCAUCUUACAUUGUACUUUUUAUAGUAAGGAUCAUGUGUCAUUAAAACUCAUAGUUGGGUCCACAGAAAUGAUUCAAUUAAUAUUAAAAUCAGCUAGAACCAAUUAAUGUUUAAAUUAGAACAUGGACAUAUGGUUGUAACAUAUUCCUCCACACCUUGCGGUAUUCAAUCCAUGCGUCUGUGUACCUGACUCCUGCAACAUCUUGAUGGGCGCCGGCCGCUGCGGAUCCACGCCAGAUUAUAGCCCCAUGUCUGCCCAUGUUGAUGACGACGUUGGCGUGCGUGUGAGGUCACGCGGGAGACACGCGUGCACGUUCUGGGGUCAAAGGCCGAUUUUGCCCAAUCAGAUUUGUGAAGGGCUUAUUUAAACACAAUUUUACUUUUCCUCAUUGCCCUGUCAUGGUUUCCCUUAGUGGUUGUCCGAGAGUGUGUUCCUGAGCGUUUAUUUCUGGUUAUUGACUUUGGCUUCGUUUUGACUUCCCUGUAUUUUUGCAUCAGUGACUACUGGCUUUCCCUUAUCGUUGUGUCUCAUUCUGUUGUCCCCGACCUCGACAAGUAUUCUGACUAAUCUUUGGUACGUUAGGUCCGACCAUUCUAAGGUCCGGUAAGACGUUACCUAUUAGUCCUAGGUGUGAUACAGUUCUAUGUGUGGAUCAACUAGUAAUCCUGACAAUGGUUCCCAUUGCUGACCCGAUUCAACCUGCUUGACAUCAAACGACCAUCUGUUUAAAUGAGAAAAUCAGAUUUAGACUAAUUGUGGUCACACUUUUAAACUGCAAAGAUAUAGCUUUAGAACUAAAAUUAUAUGAUAGUUCUUACAAUGCUUAAAAACGCACUCUAAACAGAAUAACAGUUAUAGCUUAGGGCAAUGUUAUGUGCACUGUUCUGUAGAGUCUCUGCAUCAAUCCCACAGUCUUAUGAAAAAUACUUAAAAGUGUUGUGAUAAAAAAAACAUAGCUCUCUGUGGAACCAAGAGACCAACCCCUGUUUAGCCAUAUUGAUCAUGCAGAAUUAAUUCUUCCGUCUUCAUCCAAGCUAGAUGGAGACUAUUGGCUGAGAAAUUGACUUUUAUAAUUUUAAGUGUAAGUGCAGUAUCAUUGUAACUGAAUAGUGGGAUGUCUCUGGGUGCCAUUAAAGGACCACUAUAGUGCCAGGAAAACAUACUCGGCUCUGGAAGGGGGAAAGGGGUAAAAACUUACCUUUUUCCAGCGCUGGGCGGGGAGCUCUCUGCCUCCUCUCCUCCUCCGUUCCUCCUCCUGGGCUGAAUGCGCACGCGCGGCAAGAGCUGCGAGCGCAUUCAGCCUGUCGCAUAGGAAAGCAUUUACAAUGCUUUCCUAUGGACGCUUGCGUGCUCUCACUGUGAAAAUCACAGCGCCUCUAGUGGCUGUCAAUGAGACAGCCACUAGAGGAUGAGGGGGAAGGCUUAACCCAUUCAUAAACAUAGCAGUUUCUCUGAAACUGCUAUGUUUAUUAAAAAAUGGGUUAACUCUAGAAGGACCUGGCAUUAAGCUCAAGUGGUCUGGGUGCCUAGAGUGGUCCUUUAAAGUAGUACUGUCACCAUCUGGGGGGGAGGGGUGAAACAGGUAAAGGUGAGAUUUACUUAUCCAAACCUGUCCCCUGUGUACGUAACCAUCUUGAACUGGUGAGUCCUCUUAAGAGACAACAUCACUACUGUACUCUCCCACUUUAUUGAGGUCUAUAGAGGAUCCCGUGAGCUUGGGAGCUUAGCCACUGGUAACGGCUAUCAGAAUUGAAACUUAGACUCCCACCUGAGUCUAAGAAAAGUGAGGCAAAAGGAAAUACAGAGAUAAAAAAGUCCCUUCAGUAUAUAUCUUGACGAUGUUGGAAUUUCAGUGAAAUACACACAUCAAAUACUAAUUUUUGGGGGGAGUGACAGUAUUGCUUUAAGAGCUCCGUUUUAAAAUGUGUAACAUAAAACAGUACUGGACAGUAUUCAGCAGCUCUAUACAACAUGUGAGCACUACACUGGUCUAUAGCAUUUAUUUUACUUACCGUAUCACUUCAACAAAUGUGAAAUAGACUAUAAAUCCUUUACUUUCUCUAUUAUAGAUUAGAUAUUUGGAGAAACAGCGAGAAAUUUUAGAUGAACGCUGGACCAUGCUGCAGGAUGUAAAGGACUCCCAAAUUGAUCUGGAACCUAUUUACUUAUCAUACAUCAGCCGCCUUCUAGGGCAGGUGAAUCGUGUGGCACAGAAGAACCACCAAACACAGACCAACUUGCUGGACAUGAUGGAUUCCAUCAGUGACGACAAGGAUAGGUUGGUUGGGUUUCUGUGGAUACAUUUUAUAAAUGUUAAUGAUUGUUAUAAUCAUGAAGAAUGAUAUUACAAAGAGCAUUAAAAGCUGCAUUGGACUAACAUUGAACAAAAGGACGCCAAAGAUCACAUGGCAGCACUUGGAUACAUUUGUCCUGGCCUGUCUGAGAUUAGUGGGAAUUGCAUUGCAAGGCAGCUGCCACUAUAAAUUAAAUAAUUCUCACAUUACUGAUAUAUUGGAAGAGGGCUUUAGAACCAGGGACUCUGGGAUUCUCUCUCCCAAGUGCUUCUCUCCCAGCAUGUCAUUAACCCCUUAAGGACCAAACUUCUGGAAUAAAAGGGAAUCAUGACAUGUCACACAUGUCAUGUGUCCUUAAGUGGUUAAAGGGAUAAUUUAAAAAUUAAAGAUAGCAGCCAUAAAUAGCAGUUACUGCUAUUUACCUUCCACCAGACACAGGGAUAUGUAUAACUUGGUGCUGCCCUAAAAUUAAAGGCGUUCUAAAACUGGUUCUUGUUUUAGAAGUAACAUUAGCCAUAACAUUAACUCCAAGUAUUCUUAAAUUACUUUACCUUAAUUUCAUGUUUGUUUGUGUCUUGUGUUUAUUAUGAUAACCAGAACUCCUUGAUGGAAUUUUCCCAUAACACAAGCUCCAUAGGUAUAUAAACAUAUAUAUAGUGGGGUAAGGAUUUCCUAAUGUUAAAGGGAUUCUCUAGUGCCAGGGAAACAAACCCUUUUUAAUGGCACUAAAGAACCCUGUGGUGCCACCCUCCCUCCAACCCUAUCAUCCCAUGUCACUGAAGAUUCAGACACUUACCUGAAUCCAGCGCUGAUGUCCCUCGGCGCUGAGUCAGGCUCUGCCCAUACUCCUCCCCUGCUGACGUCAGCUGGCGGAGAUCAAAUACACAUGCGCGGCAAUGGCCGCAUUAAGAUUUCCCCAUAGGAAAGCAUUAUUCAAAGCUUUAGUAUGGGAAUUCCGGUGACACUGGAAGUCCUCAUGCAUAGCCUGAGGACGUCCAGCAUUGUUAAGAUGACCAAAGGUCGUCUAAGCACCCCUUGUAGACAACCACUAGAGGAGGACUUUUCUCAGAAACUGCAAUAAUUACCACUGUAGGGUUAAUUGACAUGGGACAUUGCACUCAGACCACUUCAAUGAGCUUAAGUGGUCUUGAUGCCUACAGUGUCCCAUUAAGUAAAACCCAUUAAGUAAAACCAUUUCUCUGAAACUGCUAUGUUUAUUAAAAAAAAAGGGUUAAUCCUAGAGGGACCUGGCAGUGGUCUGGGUGCCUAGAGUGGUCCUUUAAGACUUGUAGGCCUUGUCAGCCAAUUUUGCUUUAGGCACAAUGAGCAAGGGGUCCACAUCUGGAUUACCCUUUAAACCUAGGGAGAGCAAAAACACAGAGUGCAAGAGAAUACUGAGAACAGACAACAGCACAAGUAGCUUGCCCUUUGGUGCGUCCCUGCUCAGAUCUUCUGCAUUUCCAUAUUGGACUGAUCCCACCCAAAAGGGUGGUCCAGAUCCAAAAUGCAGGCCAGCUCUCUCUGCACAAGAGAUGCAGCAACACCAGAUGAUUAUUUAAAGGACCACUAUAGUGCCAGGAAAACAUACUCGUUUUCCUGGCACUAUAGUGCCCUGAGGGUGCCCCCACCCUCAGGGUCCCCCUCCCGCCGGGCUCUGGGGAGAGGAAAGGGGUUAAACUUACCUUUUUUCCAGUGCCAGGCGGGGAGCUCUCCUCCUCCUCUCCGCCUCCGAUCCUCCUCUUCGGCUUAAUGCGCAUGCGCGGCAGGAGCUGCGCGCGCACUCAGCCUGUCUCAUAGGAAAGCAUUGAUAAUGCUUUCCUAUGGACGCUGGCGUCUUCUCACUGUGAUUUUCACAGUGAGAAGCACACAAACGCCUCUAGCGGCUGUCAAUAAGACAGCCACUAGAGGCUUUAGAGGCUGGAUUAACACAUUUAUAAACAUAGCAGUUUCUCUAUAAAAAAAAAGGGUUAAUCCUAGAGGGACCUGGCACCCAGACCACUUCAUUAAGCUGAAGUGGUCUGGGUGCCUAGAGUGGUCCUUUAACCCCUUAAGGACCAAACUUCUGAAAUAAAAAGGAAUCAUGACAUGUCACACAUGUCAUGUGUCCUUAAGGGGUUAAGACUUGUAGGCCUUGUCAGCCAAUUUCGCUUUAGGCUCGAGCAAGGGGUCCACAUUUGGAUUACCCUUUAAACCUAGGGAGAGAAAAAACACAGAGUGCAAGAGAAUACUGAGAACAGACAACAGCUCAAGUAGCUUGCCCUUCGGUGGGUCGUGUAUUGAAGUGCACUAAGUGUAGGUCUGCUUAGUGUACCUUGAACAGAAUCAAAAUGAUAAGUAAAAUCAAUCCAAUAUAGUAAUCUGAGUAUCUCAUGCCUGUGUAGUAGUUAUACUUACUAACGUCUGUAGCAUUUAAUUAGGAAUAUCUACCUAUGCAUCUAGGUCUGCUGAUUUGGACUGUUAACAGAAAUCUUUGGGCCACUUACAAAUCAAGUGCACAAUUAUAAACAUAUACAAAGCUACAUACUGCCAGACAAACACACAUAUACAUACUACCACUCACACACAAAAAGAUACACAUUGCCAGACAUACAUAUAUGUACACACUCAGAUGCACGUUCACAGAUACACACUGCCAGACAUAAAAUACACAGAUAUAUACUCCCAUAUACGCACACUCAGAUACAAACUGCCAGGCAAACAUACAAAGCUUUACUCUACCAGACACACACACUCUCAGCAGGGGCGUACCCAAGGCAUUUGACACCUGGGGUGGAUCCUUUAUUUAACACCCCCUCCCCAUCCCCCAACUUUAAAAUGUAAAAAAACAUAUGCAAAUAUUUCUAAUGUAUUUAGCACUGAACAGUGUUUGUUUGAACGUAAUCAUGGUUUUGUAUGGAGUAUGUGUGAGUGCCUGUAGGGGUGUGUUUGUAUGUAGUGUUGGUAUUUGAAUGCAGGCGUACAUUUGUGUGUAGUGUUGGUUUUUAAUAUGGUGGUGUGUUUGUAUGUAAUGUUGACAUUUGAAUACAGCAGUGUAUUUUCGUGUAAUGUUGGCAAAAUGCUGAGAUGUAUGCACAUAUACACCCACUGACACACAUGCAGAUACAUAGACACACAGGUGCACACUGACAGACAGAUACACAUACACACAUGCAGAUACACAGAUAAACAGCUACACACACUGACACACAUACAGGCACACAUACAGAUACACAGACACACACUGACACACAUGCAGCUACACAGACACACAACACUUAAACACAGAUACAAACACAGAAACACAGGUACAAACACUGACACACAUACAGAUACACAGGCACACAGAUACAUACUCUGACACUCCUACAGAUACACAUAUGCAGAUACAGACAUGCAUACAGAUACAUAGACACACAGGUACAGAUAUAGGCACACAGAUACAUAAACAGACACAAACACUGACCCACAUACAGAUACACAAACAUAUACAAAUAGAUAUACACAGACACACAGGUACAGACAUAGACACGCAUGCAAAUACAUGUAAACAGACACAUGUACAGAUUACAAACACAAAUACAGAUACACAGAUCCAGAAACACAGAUACCCAUAUAGACACACAUACAGAUACACGGAUACACAGAUACAAACACUGACAAACAUACAAAUACACAGAUACACAAACAGUCACAAACACUGACCCACAUACAGAUACACAGACACAUACAGAUAGACAUAUACAGACACACAUGUACAAAGAUAUAGACAUACAGAUACACAGACACAUACAAAUAGAUAUAUACAGACACACAGGUACAGACAUAGACACACAUACAGAUACAUGUAAACAGACACAUGUACAGAUUACAGACACAAAUACAGAUACACAGAUACAGAAACACAGCUACACGUAUAGACACACAUACAGAUACCCAGACACACAGAUACACACAUAAACACAAAUACAUAUAUACAGACACACAGAUACUCACACUGGCACACAUACAGAUACACAGGUAUAAUUGUGUGUGUAUAGUGGUUGCAGUGUGUGUAUAAAGGCAGACUAACUUGUCAGGCCCAUUACAGCAGACAAAAUGCCACCCCUGUCAAAGUGCACGUUGGGCACCGCAAUAAUGAGUGGCAUCCAAGGUGGAUUGCCCCUACCCCCUCUUAGUUCACCACUUACACUCAGGAACCCAUGCACAGGAUGCAGGUUGGUGGCUUCCUUGGUUUCUAGUGAUCAGCUUUAUCUUACAGUUCAAGGAAUCCUUCUCUGCUGUCUAAAACCCUUUGAACUAAGUUGCAUAUUUCAGUUCAUUGUGACUAGGUAAAAAAUAUAUAUCUGGCCAACAGAACCAAAUAACAAUAUACAGCACCCUAAACAGGCACCGGAGCUUGGCUCAGCCUUUGCGGAGGUACUUCCUAUACCUCCUAAUGGUGGCCAUGCCAGUGAUGCUAACUUUCAGCUCCGCUCCUGUUAUGGACAUUAUUAUCUGAAACUAUAGCCAUAUUGAUUUUGGGGGAGACUUUACACAAGUCAAUUUGUGGUUGUACUUGUUCUAAUUCUUUAUAGACAACUAGUUAUAAUUUUACUUUAUUUCAACUCUAGAACAGUCUCCUCAGUACAGUAAUAUAUUAUUAUGUCUUUUCUCCAAUUCAGUGCUUCCUAAAGAAAAGCAGGGGCACAAUACGGUGCAUUCCCAGCCAUCUGUCAGUUUGAGAGCCACUAGAGGCAUGGUAAACCCUGUAAUAUUUUACCUAUGCUAUCUUAGCCUAAAUUGUCCAAAUUAUGAUUAAUAAUUCUUAAUUGAUUUAAAUAGUUUGUCAUCUUUACCUACAUGUUGUAAAUAACUUGUUAUUGAAGAAAGUAGUAGUUGAUCUGAUUUUUUUUUGUUACCAUACAUUAGCUUCAAGUGCUGAAUUCUCGCCAAGCUUGUUAAAUUCCAUUGCUAUUAUUCAGUAGGUAAUUUCAUAGUUUAAUAUGCCUAUAAAUCUAAUUUUAAAACUGGGAAGUAGACACGUUUAUUAAAUUUAAUGUUCGUUACAUUAAUUUCCCUUUGAAUUGUGCAGAAGAAUUUUACUAUAAUUACUAGAUUUGGCUACAGCUGACAUCAAUAGAAAACCUCAACAAAGUUAAUUCAACGUAGUCUGAUGUCUUAAUAUUAGUUGUUUUUUUUCCUGUUUGAAAAACUGUAGCUCUUAAGAUAAAAUUUGAAACAGUAACACAUCUAAUACAAAGUUGCUAAUCUGCUGUAAAUGUAAAUUUAAAUAGAAUUCAACUACCUACUAAUAUGUUUAUAAUCUAUCUAUAGCAUUCUAUGUUUGUAUAGUUCAUUCUCAAAUAUUUGCAGCAACAUGAAUUUUAAGUGUUUCAAACACUAUCCUACAUCUGUUAGUCAACUAAAAGUCCUCUGACAUUUUGCCAGAUAUUUGCUCAAUUUUCAAAUGGAAGUCUUCACAAGUGUUGUAGUCUGAAUCAAGUCUGAGGUCCGGAAUUUGACUAUACAACCUUUUAUUGCAUAUAAUCUGCUAGCAGGCUACCAACAUCAUAACAUUCAAUCUAAUACCGUCUCAAUCACAAACACUGCACAGUUUUUAACUUGUAAUACUGAUGCUGGAGGUUUUGAAGAAUUAGAAACAUGUUUUUGAUUCAGAUGUUGCAGACUAAAGUUUGAAAUUGACUUUGAACUCAUUUUGAUUCCCUAACAAUUCACAUUUAGAGAGAGGUUUACUUACUAGGCUGAGAGUGUUUGAUGCGUGAUGGGAAAACCCAGAAAUAGCUUGAAGGACCACUAUAGUGCCAGGAAAACAAACUCGUUUUCCUGGCACUAUAGUAUUAAUAGGUCCCCCCCCUCCCUCAUGGCCCCCCUCCCACCGGGCUGAAGUGGGAGGAAGGGGUUAAACGCUUACCUUUCUCCAGCGCCAGGCUCCCUCGGCGCUGGGGACUCUCCUCCUCCUUCGGAAGUCAUCGACUGAAUGCGCAAUGCCCGGCAAGAGCCGCGCGCAUUCAGUCAGUCCAUAGGAAAGCAUUGUUAAUGCUUUCCUAUGGACGGUAGCGUAUUCUCACUGUGAAAAUCACAGUGAGAAGCGCGAAAGCGUCUCUAGCGGCUGUCAGUGAGACAGCCACUAGAGGCUUGAUUGACCCAUAUGUAAACAUAUGUUUACAGCAGGCAGGGUUCACCCUAGAGGGACCUGGCACCCAGACCACUUAAUUGAGCUGAAGUGGUCUGAGUGCCUAUAGUGGUCCUUUAACAAACCCCCCCAAAAAACCACAAACACCCUGACAAUUUUAUUUGGGAAAAUUAUCACAGCUUUAAUAAUAAUAUAAAUAAUACUUACAAUACUUUAAAGUCAUUGUCCACAUAUUAACAUAACAUAUCAACCCCAACUCCUUUAACAAUCAUACCCCAGACAAUGACCCACAUCACAAUAAGUAAGACCACAUUAUGACAUAUAAUUAACAUAUAAACAUAACCAUUGACACUGAGGGCAUGUUUUCCAGCUUUCUUUCAUGUAGGGGCAUACCGAGAUACAUCCUACACACACCAGGUUCGGAGCUACCAACGAGCUCGAACAUACCAAUACCCUUCCAAACCUAACUGUUCUUAGCGAACUAAACUAUUUUACAUCAGGACAACCAACCUACACCACAACUUAUCUAUCCAUCCCCCUCCGCUGUGACCAAACAGGAGCUAAUUACAAUUAAGGGAGAGAGGGUGGGACAAAACAGGUGAGGAGGAAGAUGGCCCCGAUAUAAAAUGGCCACUACAUAUACUCCUCUAGCAAAAUCCCACCUCCAGUUAUCCUAGCCAGUGCCUCCCACUACACCCCUCAUAUGCCUGUCUCCUAGCAAUGUCAAGGCCCAUUCCCCUUAGCUAUGUUGCUCCAUGGGCUACAGUAUGUAGGUCCAACAAGGCAGGUGAUUGUGGGAUGGCCAUCCCUGCGACCGCCAUGCCUAUCAUCCUCAGGCAGCUGUGGGACGUCCACUACAAAUUGUGCAUACUGCUUUUCCCUGAAAUACAUGCUGUUACUCCUGAUGCUAUCACAACACAGGAUCACAAUGACAAUCAGUUACAGUGGUCCCAUGUCAUUAAUUAACAGCUGAUCCCCAGCUUCUGCAGUGUUUUCCGGGAUCACUUGUGCACAACGAGAAAAUUUGGUGACUAAACCAUUUUUUCCAUCAAUAUAUUUUAUUUCAGUUCAGCAGAAUUUCCACUAUAUGGCAAUUUAGCCCAACAGAACUUCAGUAACGAAACACUGAUUUGGGAAAUGAAUCGGACAAACCAAAAGUGAGAAAGAAUUAGCCAAUGAAUAUUAUGUAUAUAAUUAUGUAUAUGUUCUUAAUAAAGACCUGUUUGGUCGAAACAUUGAUCCAUAUUGGCAACAUUCUAAAUAUAUAUAUUUUUUUUUUGGAAAUCCAUUGAGUGCUCUCAUCUUUAUCAUAAUAUAUAUAUACACACUGAUAGGCGCAUUUUCGUGCCAUUUGGUCACAAAAUAGGAGGAGCAGUAAAAACAAUGUAUAUUUAUAUAACACACAAAAUGGGCGGUAGCAAUGACUACAGUACACAUCAGCCACUAUACAUAGAAUAAAAACAAAAAAAGAAAGUUUCCUACACUAACAAUUCACCUUGCUUUUGAAAAUCUCUAAUAGGACAGAGAGGGGUAUAUUUCUAAACUAUUAUACACUUAUUAACCCUUAAAAGGGAACGCAUGGGGAUGAUGGCAGCACUGUAACAUGGCUAUAUAAUUCAAAAGCAAAUACAAACAUGCAAAAUUAAGCCUUGUGACAAAAUUCCCACUACUGCUAGGCGACAGCAAUAAUUAUAGUACACAUUAGCCCCAAUAUAUAGCACAAACACUAUUAAAGAAACCACUUUUUAUGGAUGAUUUGCACUUUGGAAUGUAACGAAUCUCCAAGCUUAGAAGCGAGCAAAGAGGAAUGUCAAAAUUAGGGCACAUCUCUAAUCUGAUCUAUAAAUUGCCCUCGAACAAGACAAAUGUAUACAUUUGGAAUAUUGCUAUACUCAGCAACAGUAGCAGAAUGCAAAUCAUUGUCUUUACAGAAGUGGCACAUAUAUGAUUUGUCAAAAUGACACAUGUUUAGGAAAAUCACAAACAAAUUAACUAUACCUAGCAGUUUAGACUGGGUUGGUGACAAAAUGGUGAAAUGAAAACUAGCAAAAUACUGGUAGCUAUAUAUAUUCUUUUGUGUAGCGAUUUUGAUUCUGUGACUGCUAUUAAAGGGAUAAUAUAAGUGCAUGGAAUCAGUGGUGUAUUUAGGUUUUGUGCUGCCCCCCCUUAUUUAAAUUUUCCCCACCUCUUCCUGCCAAGGCCGCACUUUGACUGACAGACGCUCACUCACUGAGAGACGCACACAUUCACUGAUAGAUGCAUACACUCAUUGACAGACACUCUCAUAUACACUGACAAACAAUGACAUACACACACUCUCUGAUUUGACACACUAAUAGACAGACAUACACUUACUCGGACACACACUCACUGACAGACUCACUGACAGACGCACACUCUCACUGACAGACUCACGCACUGACUGACCGACACAUACACACUGACUGACACUGACACACACUUACUUAAAUUCACUGACAUACACAUUCACUGAAACACACACACUCAUUGACAGACACACACACUCACACACAUUCACUGAAACACACACACUCACAUUCACUGACACACACAUUCACUCACAUUCACUGACACACACUCACUCACAUUCACUGACACUCACAUUCACUGACACACACUCACUCAUAUUCACUAACACACACACUUCCCCACACUCACAAUUAUUAUUAUUAUUAUUAUUUAAAAAUUAAAUCGACCCAGCCUCCCUACGUUUGGGAUAGCUGGGUGGAUUUCUCACCUGGGGUCCAGUGGGGCUGCUAGGCAGGAAGGCGGAUGGACGUGCAGUUUUCAGCGAGGGAGCACUUUCCACUGAGCUCUCUGCUCAGCUCCCUUGCGCGACCUGCAGAGUGAUGCCGGAAGCCAGAAUAUGACAUCAUAUUCCAGUUCCCGGCAUUGCUGCGGGUCGCGCAAGGGAGCUGAGCAGAGAGCUCAGGGGAGAGUGCUCCCUCGCUGCCUAAGAAACAACUGCCAGCUGCCCCGGGGGAGCCCAAAGGUGGGCAGCCGGCCAGUUCUUGUGUUCCCAUAAAACGAGGCAAACAAGAUAUUUGCCUGGACAUUUGGGGGUGACGUUUUUUGCCGCACCCUGGAAAUUGCUGCCAAAGGCAAAUGCCUUGUUUGCCUCGCGGUAGACACAUCCCUGCAUGGAAUACAAAACGAUUUGCACUAACCAAGAUGGCAUGAAAAUUGGCCAGUCAGUGUACUGCAAAAUAUAUAGACAAUGUUAACAUAAUAUUAGAUAUAUUUUGCAGUACACACCAAUAGGCAUAUUUCUUAGAGGGCAACAAGAGGAGAAGUAGUAACAAAAUGUAUAUUUAUAUAUUAUAUAUUUAUUAAAUACUUUGCUGCAGAGGGAUUUAGAUAGACUGGGGGACAGGGCACUCAAAUGUCAGAUGAAAUUUAAUGUUGAAAAAUGCAAAGUUAUGCACUUGGGCAUAUAAAAUGCACAAGCAACGUAUACUUAAUGGAAGCGAAUUAGGGAAAACAACACAUGAAAAGGACUUGGGAAUUGUUAUAGACAACAAACUAUGCAAUAAUGUGCAAUGUCAAUCAGCAGUGGCUAAGGCUAGUAAGGUAUUGUCAUGCAUGAAAAAGGGCAUUAAUUCUCAGGAUGAGAAUAUCAUUUUGCCUCUUUAUAAAUCACUGGCAAGACCACAUAUUGACUAUGCUGUGCAAUUUUGGGCACCUGUUCUAAAGAAGGUUAUUAUGGCACUAGAAAAAGUGCAGAUGCGGGCUACAAAAUGAAUAAAAGGAAUGGAACAUAUCAGCUAUGAAGAAAGGUUAAAGGACCACUCUAGGCACCCAGACCACUUCAGCUCAAUGAAGUGGUCUGGGUGCCAGGUCCCUCUAGGAAUAACCCUUUUUUUUAUAAACAUAGCAGUUUCAGAGAAACUGCUAUGUUUAUAAAUGGGUUAAUCCAGCCUCUAAAGCCUCUAGUGGCUGUCUCAUUGACAGCCGCUAGAGGCGUUUGCGUGCUUCUCACUGUGAAAAUAACAGUGAGAAGACACCAGCGUCCAUAGGAAAGCAUUAGGAAAUGCUUUCCUAUGAGACUGGCUGAAUGCGCGCGCAGCUCCUGCCGCGCAUGCGCAUUCAGCCGAAGAGGAGGAUCGGAGGCGGAGAGGAGGAAGAGAGCUCCCCGCCCGGCGCUGGAAAAAAGAUAAGUUUAAACCCUUUCCUUGCCAUCCUGCCCGGUGGGAGUGGGACCCUGAGGGUGGGGGCACCCUCAGGGCACUAUAGUGCCAGGAAAAUGAGUAUGUGAAAUUCUCUGCCUAAAGAAGUGGUUUUAUCAGAGUCCAUAUAGAUGUUCAAACAGCAACUAAAUGCAUACUUGCAAAAACAGAAUAUAAUUUUUCAAUGUAGGGUAAUAGCUGCUUGAUCUGCCAUUCUGGGGUCAAGAAGGAAUUUUUUUCCUAGUUUGUUGCAAAAUUGGAAGUGCUUCAAACUGGGUUUUUUUGCCUUCUUUUGGAUCAACAACAAAAACAAAUGUGAGGAAGGCUGAACUUGAUGGACUUAAGUCUCUUUUCAGCUAUGUAACUAUAUAAAUAUAUAAUUAAAGAUUUUAGUUUUAACUGCUUCUCUUAUUUUUCACUCUAACAAAUGUGUACAGCAAAAUAUAUAAAAAAAAAAAUAAACACUAAAUUGGCAACCUAUUUUUCAGUUAGCAAUCAGCUUAUGCGUACAUCUCACAAGUGAAACUUUUGCUUUAAAGGACCACUAUAGUGCCUGGAAAACAUACUCGUUUUCCUGGCACUAUAGUGUCCUGAGGGUGCCCCCACCCUCAGGGUCCCCCUCCCGCCGGGCUCUAGGGGGAGGAAGGGGUUAAACUUACCUCUUUCUCCAGCGCCAGGCGGAGAGCUCUCCUCCUCCUCUCCGCCUCUUCUCCGGCUGAAUGCGCAUGUGCGGCAGGAGCCGCGGGCGCAUUCAGCCAGUCCAUAGGAAAGCAUUCACAAUGAUUUUCACAGUGAGAAGCGCAGAAGCCCUCUAGCGGCUGUCAAUGAGACAGCCACUAGAGGCUGGAUUAACCCUAUUAUAAACAUAGCAGUUUCUCUGAAACUGCUAUGUUUAUAGAAAAAAGGGUUAAUCCUAGCUGGACCUGGCACCCAGACCACCUCAUUAAGCUGAAGUGGUCUGGGUGCCUAUAGUGGUCCUUUAAACAUAAGUCUAAAUUAAAAACAAACACGUAUAAUUGAAAAAAAAUGCAGCCGUGGUGUGUCAAUUAGAUAUUUUUGAGUACUGGCAGAUUUUCAAGACACAUAUUUGAAGGAAACAACUGAAAAUACCAGGAUAUUUUUCAUGUUUCAAUAAAGAACCUAAAUAAAAUUCACACCGAUAAUAGAUGAUCAUGUUGCUUCAUCUUCUAACUCUCCCUACGUUAUUAUCUAUGUAACAAAUAAACAUUGUUCCAGAGUAGCACAGCUCUAUGUGACAAUAACUCUUUGUGCUAACUGCAGACUGUUGUCUAAGUCUUCUGGGUAUCGAGGUUUGAAAGGAAUCUUCCUGUUGUGAUUUAAGAAUACAUUUCAGUUAUCAUCAUUAUUAUUUGAUUAUGGAUUUUGUUUACAGCCAGCAAUUUUUUAGGGGGAAUCUACAAUAUAACACAGUCACAAACAUGUCAGUAUAUGGAAAACAAUACACAAAAUGUAACAUACCAAACACAUAGAUACUUACUAGCAUAUUCGUACUGAGCAAAAAAAGAUGUCAUAUUAGGAUAAUAAAUAAAUAAAUAAGAAAUAAUGUAAUAAAUUACCUUAGUGCCCUUCUCAACCCAAACCAUUAUAUCUAAUCUCACUCAAGCUCAGAUUAGAGUCCAUUUGUAAAUAAAAUAGGCAUUGGUUUAAUAUUCUUUUAAAAAAAGCUUUUCAAACAAUGUCAUAUUUUUAAAUAAAUGUUUAAAGGGAUUUUUCCAAAAUAUUAAAAAUAUCAAGACAUAUUAUUUUAUAUAUAUAUAUAUAUAUAUAUAUAUAUAUAUAUCAAACACAUAGGAAAUAUGUGACAAAAUGUUAAUGUUUUUCAUUAUAUUAAACAAUUAUUUCAUUAUUAUGCAAUAUUUUUUAUAUAUUUUUAUAUAAUAAUACUUUUUUUACAUGAUAUAUUUUUACAUUAUAAUAUUUAGCAAAGCCAGUUAUACAGAGAUGCGGUGAGCCCCUUCAUAUGUAACUUAUAGAAUUUCUACACCUACGAAGCUCCAGCACUUACAUUCACUCUGAAUCAUAUUUUGUUGAAUGAUUUAAAUUGACAAAUUGCCACGGACAGCAAUACCAGUAGCCAGAGAGCUAUAAUUUUCAUAUGAUGCACAUGGCAUGUGUUCAUUCACCUGCUUUGCCAGUUCUGGGCUGAACAAGCUAUAUAUUUAUUUAUAUUAAUUAGUAUAUAAUUAUAUCCAGAUUUCUCCCAAACUGUUUCAAUGCGUAUUGACUCUAUAAUCUGAAUUGUAUUGGUGGUAUUCCAAAACAGAGACACCAAAUUACUGGGAGGAGACCCAUAAUUUAAUCUAGAUAAUACAAUCCUGUUUGUGUUUUGCUAGAGUCUUACUCAGGUUGGUUUAAAUGUCAUCAUAAUAAUAAGGGAAUUUUAAAAGGAGCUGUCAUCACUCGCUUUAGUUUGUAUCACACCUUAGAGUUAGAACAUAGUAACAAUCGCCCCUAUGCAUUUGCAUUCCAAACGCUAUGCUUAAUUUGCCAUUUCACAAUGCAUUACAAAGCAUUUUUCCAGUUACAUGUAAAUAUAACUUUUAAUACAAUGUGUUUAAUAGUAGAAAACACCACAGUACGUGUAUAUUUUGUUUUAGCACUGUGUGUAGAUUUUUUUUAGCAGCGCACACUGGUAAAUAGUUUUCAAGUGCGUUCAUAAAACUGUACAGCAUGUUUGCCUCUUACAUAUAUUUAUAUUAAAGUGGUACUCUGCAUUAAUAAAGUUUUAUGAAUGUUUAAAGAAACACUAUAGUGUAGGAAUACAAUUGUGUAUUCCUCACACUAUGGGUCUGAAAGCGCCAUUUAGGUGGACGGCCCACCCUUACCCUUAUUACCUGCUGGCCCUGCUGCCACUCCUCCUCCUUGGCUGAGAUCAUCAGAUUUGAUGAUCUCAGCCAAUGCAAUGCUUUCACAUAGUAUAGCAUUGGGAGGCUUUUGUGCAUGAAUGUCAAAAUGCUAUGAUGGCCAAUCAGCAUCUCCUCAUAGAGAUGCUUUGAAUCAAUGCAUCUCUUUUAGGAAUGUUCAGCGCCUACAUGCAGAGCGUGGGGACGCUGAAGGUCAGUGCUGCGCAAUUUGUAGCACUGACACAGAAAGCACCUCUAGUAACCAUCUGAGUGACGGCCACUAGAGGUAUCACUAAACAGUAAUGUUUCACUGAAAAGGCAGUGUUUUAAUUAAAAAGCCUGCAGGGACACGCAGUAGACAGUAGACCAGUAGACAUCAGAACAACCAUAUUAUGCUGUAGUUGUUCUGGUGACUAUAAUGUCCUUUUGUUUAAGCAAAAUACAAAACUACAGUAUCAGGUUGAAUUUUCCAAAAUGAAUAUGAAUUUGUGAAGUUCUAACCAAUCAGAAUCUUCAACCGUUAUAAGGUCUUUCCAAAAGUUACAGGUAGAUUGAACCUAGUUGGGCCUAAAUUAAAUUAUGUUUCAUAGCUAAAUAUUUGAUAUUAAAUGAAAGCCAUGUUUCCCCUGAAUAAAAUUAUAUAUAGUAAGGGUGGGUGCAUUUAAUAUGAAAGAGGUGAAUUACGGUUGGACAGACAUAUAGCGCAAAUGCCAGGUUUUGUUUACGUUUUGUUUUGUUUACAACGUGUACAUUUGGCUCAGUCCUUAACCCCUUAAGGACUGGACUGUUUUUGCGAUGUUGUACAUUUGCCACCAGGCAUAUUUUUACACUUUUGUGGUGUUUGUGUUUGGCUGUAAUUUUCUGCUCUCUCAUUUACUGUUCCCAUACAAAUUAUAUAUUGUUUUUUUCAGAACAAAAGGGGCUUUCUUUACAUACCAUUAUUUAUAUAAUCUCAUGAAUUUUAAUAAAAAAAUAAAAAAAUAUGAUGAAAUUUUUUUAAAAAAUACAUGUUUUUUGACUUUUACUUGAAAAAUCUUUUACUCAUCUACAAAAGCGAAUGAAAAAAACUGCUAAAAAGAUUCAAAAUUUUGUCCUGAGUUUAAAAAUACCCAGUGUUUACAGGCUUUUUUUUGCAUGUUAUAGGGCUAUAAGUACAAGUAGGAUAUUGCGGUUUCAAAACAUACAUUUUUUAAAUUUAUCAAUAGUGACAUUGUAACACUAUUAUCUGUAAUAAAUCUCUGAAUAACACCCCACAUGUACAUAUUUUUUUUAAAGUAGACAACCCAGGGUAUUCAAUAUGGGGUAUGUCCAGUCUUUUUUAGUAGCCACUUAGUCGAAAACACUGGUCAAAGUAAGCAUUCAUAUAUGUUUGUGUGUGAAAAAAGUAAAAAAAGUAAAUUGAACGCUAAUUUUGGCCAGUGUUUGUGACUAAGUGGUUACUAAAAAAGACUGGGCAUAACCCAUUUGCAAUACCUUGGGUUGUCUUCUUUUGCAAAUGGUAUGCCAUCAUGGGGGUAAUUCUCAUUCCUGUGCUACCAUACGCUCUCAAAGGCAACGUAACCAACCUGGCCAUUUUCAAUGUAAAAAUAUUUGACCCAUAUAUUUGACCUUGUAACUUUCAAAAAUGCUAUAAAACCUGUACAUGGGGGGUACUGUUUUACUCGGGAGACAUCGCUGAAUACAAAUAUUAGUGUUUAAAAACUGGAAAACGUAUCACAACAAUUAUAUCAUCAGUAAAAGUGCUGUUUGUGUGUGAAAAAUGCAAAAGAAGUCACUUUCACUGACAAUAUCAUCGCUGUGAUAUGCUUUACUGUUUUGAAUCACUAAUAUUUGUGUUCAGCAAGUCUCCCGAGUAAAACAGUACCCCCCAUGUACAGGAUUUAGGGUGUCGUAGAACGUUACAGGGUAAAAUACAGUGCUAGCAAAUUAAAUUCUCUGGACUUUCGGCCUGGGUUGGCAGGCAGGUUCCUCAAAUUGCAAUCAAUAAAAUUACUUAAUUAUGUAAAAAUAUUACCUAAAUACGCACGUAGAAUUUAAAUAUAUAUGCAUAUUUAUAUAUUUGAAAUCUACGUGUAUAUUUAUAUAAUUAUUUAUGUAAUUUUGUAUAUGGACAUAUGUAUAUUUCGUAUUAUUUUUAUUUAUUUAUAUAUACAUAGAUAUAUAUACAAAUUCAUUCUAAGUGUAUUUUGAUAUAAAUAUAUAUAUAUAUAUAUAUAUAUAUAUAUAUUAAUUUUAAAAUACAGUUAGAAUAAAAUUUCAUUUAGAUAUAAUUUUUUUUAAAUUUUUAUUAUUAUUUUUAAAAAAUUAAUUUAAUUUAAAUUACUUAUUAUUUAUAUUUUAUAAUAAUAUAUAUACACAAUAUAUAUAGUUAUUAUAUAUAUUAUAUAUAUACACGUGUGUAAUUUAAUAAGUGUAUUUUUAUAUUAAUAUAAGUACAUAUUAAUAUAAAAAUACACUUAGUAUAACAUUAUAUAUAUGAUAUAUACACACAUAUAUAAUUUUUUUUUUUUUUAUAAACACUAACUUUAUUUUUUUUUAAUUGAUUUUACACUAGCAGGGAGACUGCCUGUCAGCACAGACAGUCCCCCUGCAGGCAGACACAUGCAUACCUAUUGUGACCAUGUGAUCGCUAUGUUAAGCGAUCACAUGGCCACAGGGGUCCUAAAUCAGUGUGGGGAGACUGUCUGGGCUGCAGGCAGUCUCCCCACACCGGGAGCACCGCUGAUCGGCGCCGGGGGAACGACGGCGAUCAGGUAAGUACAUUGGACCGUUAGGACGGUUCAGGACCGUCAUCGGUCGGCAAGGCAAAAAUGCCGAUGACGGUCCUGAACCGUCCUCGGUCCUUAAGGGGUUAAGGUGUUAACCCCUUAAAGACGGAGCCAAAUGUACACGUUGUGAACGAAACCAAAUGUAAACAAAACCUGGCAUUUGCGCUACAUGUCUGUCCAACCGUAAUUCACCUCUUUCAUAUUAAAUGCACCCACCCUUAUUAUAUAUAAUUUUAUUCAGGGGAAACAGGGUUUUCAUUAAAUAUCAAAUAAUUAGCUAUGAAACAUAAUUUAAUAUGAAAAAAAUGGGAGAAAAUAAGAUUUUGUUUGAUUUUUUUAGUUCUACAUGACAUUUUAACUGUCAAUGUCAUAAUACUGUUUGCUUUUACUGCAAUAAAAUACACAUAUUUGUAUUCAGCAAAGUCUCACGUGUAAAACAGUACCCCCUAUGUACAGGUUUUAUGGCGUUUUGGGAAGUUACAGGGUCAAAUAUAGCACGUUACAUUUGAAAUUGAAAUUCGCCAGAUUGGUUACGUUGCCUUUAGGACUUUAUAGUAGCCCAGGAAUGAAAUUUACACCCAUAAUGGCAUACCAUUUGCAAUAGUAGACAACCCAAGGUAUUGCAAAUGGGGUAUGUCCAGUCUUUUUAGUAGCCAUUUGGUCACAAACACUGGCCAAAGUUAGCGUUAGUAUUUGUUUGUGUGUGAAAAAUGCAAAAAACACAAAUUUUGGCCAGUUUUUGUGACUAAGUGGCUACUAAAAAAGACUGGACAUACCCCGUUUGCAAUACCUUGGGUUGUCUACUAUUGCAAAUGGUAUGCCAUCAUAGGAGUAAUUUUCAUUCUUGGGCUACCAUAGGGUCUCAAAGGCAACGUACCCAAUCUGGCAAAUUUUAAUGUGGAAAAAAAUGAAACACAAGCCUUAUAUUUGACGCUGUAACUUUUGAAAACACCAUAAAACUUGUACAUGAGGGGUACUGUUGUACUCGUGAGACUUCGCUGAACACAAAUAUUUGUGUUUCAAAACAGUAAAAAGUAUCACAGCAAUAAUAUCGUCUGUGUAAGUGCUGUUUGUGCAUGAAAAAUGCAAAAAACGUCACUUUUACUGGCGAUAUCAUCGUUGUAAUACAUUUUACUGUUUUGAAACACUAAUAUUUGUGUUCAGCGAAGUCCCCCGAGUAGAACAGUACCCCCCAUGUACAGGUUUUAUGGUGUCUUGGAAAGUUAUAGGGUUAAAUAUAGUGCUAGCAAAUUAAAUUCCCUUUACUUUCGGCAUGGGUUGUCAGGCAGGUCCCGCUAAUUGUAAUUAAUUAAGAUACCCAAUUAUGUAAAAAUAUUACAUAAAUAUAUAUGUAGAAUUAAUAUAUGUAUAUAUAUAUACAUAUGUGAAUAUAUAUGUAUAUAUAUAUAUAUAUAUAUAUAUAUAUAUAAUUUUUUUAAAAUAUUUUUAUUUAUAUAUAGGUAUAUAUAUAGUGAUAUAUACGUAUAUAUUUAUGUAUAUAGAUAUAUAUAUUAUUUCGUUCUACGUGUAUUUUGAUAUAAAUAUAUAUAUAUUAAUAUCACAAUACAGUUAGAACGAAAUAACACACAUCUAUAUAUUUUUUAAUUAUUUUUUUUUAAUUAUUUUUUUAUUUUAUUUUUUAACGUAUUUACAUAUUUAAUUUUUUUUAUAUUAUAUAUAAAUAUAUAUAUAACAAUAAUUAUAUAUAUAUUUAAUCAGUAUCAGUCUACGUGUAAUUUGAUAUUAAUAUAUAUAAUUAUAUAUAUAUUAAUAGUAAAAUACACCUAGACAGUGUACGUGUGUGUAUGUAUAUGUGUAUAUAUAUAUAUACUUAGAUCAUAUAUAUUAUAUAUAUAUGAUCUAACUAUAUAUAUAUUUUUUUUACACUUAUUCAUUUAUUUUAUUUUUAUUUUCAGCAGCGGGACCACCUGUCAUUACAGGCAGUCCCCCUGCUGACAAUGCAGAAGGCAGCCUAUCUGGCCAUGUGAUUGUGAGGUCCUCGCAAGGACCUCACUCUCACAUGGCGGGGGGGACCGGAGGAGGAGGAUCUACCGCAGGGGGGCUCCCUGGGAGUCCCCCCCCACCGCGAUCGCCGGCGCGGGACCGCCGGCGACUGGGUAAGUAAGGAAAGACCGGAGAGCGUAUGAUUACGCCCGGCGGCGUUUAGAGCCGCCUAAAAUAGGGCGUAAUAGUAUGCCCUCUGGUCUUAAGGGGUUAAACAGCCCUAGUCACAGAUCCUUGUGCGUGGCUUCCUGUAAGUAGAAAUCUAAUGUUUAAACUUCCUUUAUUGCACAUAAUGUUUAAUUUAGAAUUUUGUAUCUCAAUAUCUUGUUAGAUUUGCAGAUGCUUCCUCUGUAUGAUUAAAGUUCAGUUUAGAGAGCAGCAGAUAAAAACCUCUAAAGCAAGCCAACAUUUGAUGGAAAAUGUAUACCAUUCUUUUUUUCAUGCAGGUUGCGUCAGUCACGGGCAGGGGAGGUGUGGCUAGGGCUGAAUAAACAGAAACAAUGUGAUUUAACUCCUAAAUGACAGUGUAUUGAGCAGUGAAAUUACAGGGGAAUGAUCUAUACAUCAAAAUUGAUUAAUUAAUUUAAAGUUGUUUUGGUGACUAUAGUGUCCCUUUAACUAAUAAACCCAGAACAAUAUGUUUAGUCACAUAUUUUGUACUGUGUCCUCUUAAUAGAUAUGAAGAUGAGGUAUGCCUCCGUACAGACGUGGAAUAUUCCUUUGUGGCGCUAAAAAAAGUAAGUAAAGUAAAGCAAGUAAAAUAUGAAUAUUCAAAACAAAAACGUAUAGUUAAAAAAAAUGCAGAAAAAAAAUUAAUAAAUAUUUCAGAUGGACAGCCAUGGUGGGUCAAUUAGAUAUUUUUGAGUACUGGAAGAUUUCCAAGACACAUAUUUGAAGGAAACUACUGAAAAUACCAGGAUAUUUUUCAUGUUUAAAUAAAGAACCUAAAUAUCCUUUAAUGUUAAAACUUACCUACAAUCACAGGCUCUCUAGCGUGGCCAGUCAAAUGCUUCUCAAAUAGAAGCAUUUAAUUGGAUUAUUCUCAACAGUGUGGGAGAGGGAAUGUGAGUAUAUGGUCAUGACUGGAUACUAUUUAAUAUAUAUAUAUAUAAAAGAAAACUAUCUUUACAACAUAGAGAGGCGGGGAGGACUGGGAGGGACUGAAAGGAGGGGGGAGGGGGCAGGGAAGAGUAAACUACCUCUUGCAGGCAUUCUGCCUGCAAUGGGAGAAUCUCACCAUGUCUGUUGCCAGCAUUCACUGCAUGCUGAUGACAGACGCGAAUUGUGCUCAGAAUAGACAUUCGCAGAUUGGAACAGUUUAGUCACACCUCCCUGCAUGUGACUUGCUCAGCCUUCCUAAAUACUUCCAGAAAAGGAACAUAAAUAUUCUAAAGGUUCCUUUAUGGCACAUUCUGCUUUAAAUUUAGAAUUUCACAUUUAGCAUUUCUAAGCUCCUGUUUUAUUAAUUGCAUUCUAGACCCAGCAGGAGCCACCUGUAUGUUACAUUUACAGAGCAAGAGAUAAAAAUGUAAAAAGCAAGUUAACAUCUGAUUGAGCAUGAAACCCUUUUUUUCGUGCAGGCUGUGUGAGUCACAAGCAGGGGGCGUGUGGUUAGAACUGCAUACAGAUAAAUAAAAGUGAUUUAACUGCUAAAUGGCAGAGAAUUAAGCAGUGAGACUGCAGUGGCAUGAUUUAUACACAAACUGCUUUAUUAGCAUAACGUUGUUUAGAUGCCUAUAAUGUCCCUUUAAGAUUUAUAAUACACUGCGACAGAAGCUGCAAGCACAAACAGCGUGCCCAACAUGGGGGAAACAGCAUACAACAAAAUUCGUCUAGAGGAGAAGUCCGGCAUAUUACUUCGGCUUGAUAGUCUCUUCGAAGCAUUUUGGCAGACACAACAGCACAGAUACUUCCUACCUGACAUGCAAGCUCACCCACAGUGAUUGACUGUGCAACUAAUCCGGGGCCCUUGUGACCAAGGCCCUAUGGCAGCCCACGUCAGGUGGCGUAGACCGCACUGCCAACGCCAGGGAAAAGCAGCACCCGGACUGAAGCGUGGCACCAUCAAGUCAAGAUGGAGCUCCUCCAGAUGGGCUGUGGCACAGAGCAGAACGCGGCAUACUGUUCAUAACCUUUCAUCAGGAUACCACCUUGCCAGCUUUCCUAAUACGCGAUCCCUGACCGGCACCAUAGUGUGGGACUGUGACCUGCCAUCAGUGGGCAUAGGCUGAGAGAUGCUCAGUAGGCCUCAAUUCAUCCUUUUUAUGGACUUCCACACCACAUAUAGUACAUUAACAUGUGUUUUUCUCUAAGUUUCUACUCUCGCAGAGCUUUCUUGUUCUAACUUAUUUUAUUUUACAAAGCUUGUUAUACAGCCCUUAUUUCAAUUGUCAGAACCAGAUUUCAAUUGUCCUUUAACAGUUGCCAGCAGUGACUGGUUGAACAAAUAUUCUUGUUAUGCAAGCAGAUUAAUAAACUGAUGUGUAAUAACUGUCUGUAGAUAUGAUCUCAUUGCCAAAGCUUGUUCUAAGAUCACUAAAGAGAUAAACUUUAUCAAGAUUAUAGUUUAAUAAUAAUAAUUAUUAUUUAACAAGGAAGAAUACAACUUUCACAAGUUUUCAAGUAUCUCCUGAUGUCUAGACAUUACUAAUUUGCUCAGUGUUUCUAGUUUAAGAAACCUCAGAAAGUUUAAAGUCUGAGUUGGCCUUGCCAAAUGUAAAACCUGUAAGGUUUACCACUGAGCUAUCUCACAUCUUAUAAACCAAAUAUUUAUUUUGUCCUCUUUUCCUGUAGAACAGCAUAGUAUACAGAUAUUAAGUGGAGAGUGAUUGACUGUGGGACGGAUUGUCAGCUGCUCAGCUCAUAUUGAGUUCUCAUUGGCUGAUCUACAUUUGGUACCUUUCAAUCUGGAAGACAUUUUGUGAAAAUGGAAACAUGGUUAAGUCGUGCUUCAGAAACCACAAACCUUUUGUUUUUCUUUUUGUUUUUAAAAAAACACUAAAGAGAUUUAAACUCGGAGAGAAUACAGAUUAAAUACAAGAUAGCAAUCUUCCAAAUGUUCUUUAAGGGACACUCUGGGCAAAAUAAUCACCUCAUCCUAUCAAAGUGGUUAUAGCAUAGAAACAUAGAAACAUAGAAUGUGACGGCAGAUAAGAACCAUUCGGCCCAUCUAGUCUGCCCAAUUUUCUAAAUACUUUCAUUAGUCCCUGGCCUUAUCUUAUAGUUAGGAUAGCCUUAUGCCUAUCCCACGCAUGCUUAAACUCCCUCACUCAUCAUGGACUCUAGUCACUAUAACUACUUAAACAUACAUGACCGUUUAUUGUGUCUAAAGUUUCCAUUUAAGUUAUGUUGGUGCCAAAAAAGUGGCUUGUCCUGUGGAAAGAGAGUCCUAAAUGUGUCUAUAUUAUCUAUUUUGUACCUUUCUGAAAAUGUGUGUAUGGCAAGAAAGCUUCUGAAUGUUUUAAUAAACAUUGUGAAAACAUCUCCAGUAGUUACAUUCUGUUAAAUGACCAGUUAAGGUUUCCGGUAAAUGUAAAAAAUAUUGUAUAUCAAGUUUGUUUACAGAAUAUAUAUUGUUCUUCACAGGAUGUGGAUACCUGCAGUUUGGAUCGUACAGAGCUGGAAUACAAACUAAAGGAGCUGAAAGGGAUGAUAGAACUGAUGAGAAACAUAUACGAACAGGUGGAUAAAAUUUACUUUUGCCAAAUUAUCUUACAGGGACGUUUCAAAUACUAUAACAACUGCAUCUUAUUGUUGAUGUUUUGCUUCCUCAUUAUCAUUCCAAAAUACAUGUAUGGCUCAUUAGAAGAUCCCUAGCAAACAGGAGUGUUGAAUGCUGGGGAAUUCUCUGUUUUUGUUGUUGUUUUUUUUUUUUUUUUUUCAACAAAUCCCUUGAUAACAGUUUGUCAUUUGCAAUUGAAAAUCAUUGAAAAUCAGGUUUAUUGUCAAAAUUUACAGACUUUCACAUGUUUGCAAUGAACAAAUCAAACAAAGGCAAUUUAAAUAGCAACACAGUGAAUGCUUCAAGUGGUUUCCCCAAAUUCAACUGAAAAUGCAAUGACAUCUCCGGUUUCAAAAUUAAUCAACCCCCUGGAGAGAAUCCCUUACAACAGCACAAAUAUGCAAAACAGGUGUUGUCUCAAACACACCUGAUGCAAGUAAUCAAGGGCUUCAUUAGUUACACCAAGUGUGCUUGAGCUGUAACACCUAAAAUACCAUGAAUUGGGUAAGGGUUUGUUAAGUGUUAUGUUUGACUGCAUGUUAGAAACAGGUCCACAUAGUUAAGAAAAAAGCUCACUGCCCUUCCCAAACAAGAAACAAUAUACAAAAAAGAUAGUGAUGGCCCUGAAUGUUCCUAGAGACCAGGGGAGGGCUGGCAGCCUUAGGCCUGGGGGGCAAAACCAGUCAAAUGGCCCAUUGCACCACCAAAUCAGUUCACCAUCCAUGCCCACCUUUUCCUGGUUUUAUAACAGAUAUUGAUGUUAUGCUAAUCAGUAGCUCUUUGUCAUACCUGCUCCUUCACAGUUCUGACUUUCAGUGUUGUUAGAGCGCAGGCUGAGAAUCUCUGAGCCUGUGCUCUGACUCACUAACUGAGCGUCGGAACCACGAGGGAGAGAAUAUAAUCUGACUGCACCUACUGCUGGUGCGCACCAGUGGACCACCAGAGAAUCGUUUAAAUUGAAUAUGCUGGUGUCCCCAACUUGUGAGCUGUGUUGGCUGCCGGGCGCCUCUGUUGUCAUGGCAACCUGCGUGACCGCACAGCAUGCACAGCCCAACGGCUGGCCCUGCUGACACACACUGAUGUUACUACUUAGAAAUCCCUCAAUAUUAAUACCAACAUCAGAGUAAACACCAAUAAACUGUGGAAACAGAGCUGAUCCCCCAAAUUUAUAAAGAUUUGCUUAGUGGAUUUGUUGUAAGAUUAAAUCAUGCCUCCUCCUCUCUCUCUCCCAUGCGCUGCUCUGUAGGCUGCGAGGAAGUGAAGAGUAAUCACAUUCUCCCAGCACAGCGCCACCUGUGGCUGCAUGGGGAACAGCUGGUUAAUGUAAUGCUUGCAGGAGGGCACUUGCACUGCGGUAAAGACAGGUCUGGGCAGGAGGAGAGUUCAGUGCAAUCAGUGCACUCCCCUCCUGUGGGUCACCAGUAGACUGGUGCACCUGCCCAGGAUCAGAGCCGGUGCAAGGAUUUUUGCUGCCCUAGGCAAAAGAAAAAUUUGCUGCCCCCCCAUGUGACAUCAUAAUGCCCCACCUAUAUGAUCUGCCAUAUGAACUAAUGCCAAUGCUGCACACACUGUGUGUUUACAUUAAAAAGCCUGCAGGGACCGGCUAUAGACACCAGAACCACUUCAUUAAGCUGAAGUGGUUCUGGGGACUAUAGUGUUCCUUUAAUGUGAGGUAAAUUAUAGAUUAGUGUCACUAAUAAUAUACUAGAUUGCCUACUUAAAACCAAAUGAGGAUGAUGAUGGGCUGCAGUUUGGCUCCACUGGUCUGGUGUAGAACAGGAUCUCUGUUUGUAAUUGUGGUCACAAAAUUCAAGGUUCUAGUAGAAUGGGAAGCAGCUCCAUUUUUUGGGGGCCUCUUAAACAGCUCAAGGUCUGGGUCCCAGGGCCUGACGGGGAGUAUGCCCAUAAGGCCCACCUAAAAGUCCACCUACAUGUUCCAUCCAUGAGUUCGCUCACAGGGAAUGGAGUGUGUAGGGGAUGUGUUUUUGUAGAGGAUCUAAUGUGUGUGCUUAUGGUAUGUAGUGUAUAGGGAUACCAGUUUGUGUAGGUGAUGCAGUGUAUUUGUUUGUAGUGGAAGCAGUGUGUGUUUGUGUAUAAGCGAUGUAUUGUGUAAAUCUGUGUUUGUAUGCAUAAGGGAUUCAAGGUGUGUGACUGUAAGUGUGUGCAUUGAGUGUGUGUAUGAAAUGCAUUGUGUUUCUGUGUAUAUGUAAGAGAAGCAGUGUGUGUGUUUGCAUGUGUGUGUAAGGGUUUGCAUUGUGUGUUUCUGUGUAUGUGUGCAAAGGAUGCAUUGUCUUUGUGUGUAAUGGAUGCAUUGUGUGUUUCUCUGUGUGUAAGGGAAGCAUGUUGUGUUUCUGUGUGUGUAGGGAUGCAUUGUGUGUUUGUGUAUGUAUAGGGAUGCAUUGUGUGUGUGUGCGCGUAGUGUGAAAGAGCUCCCUGUCCUGCCCCCUGUCCUAUAGAGCUCUCCCCUGCCCCUUAGUGGUCUCUCCACCCCCACCCUAGCAGUCACUUCUCACACCCACCCACCCUGUUCUCUUCUCAUCCCCCCCCCCAAACUUCCGGUCAGCCCCCUCCCUCCCUGUGUUCUUUCCCCUCCCAAUGUGUUCUCCUCACCUCCCCCCAUGUGUUCUACUCACUCCCUCCACCCUCCCUGUGUUCUUCUCACGCCCCCACCCACUUCCUGGUUGGCCUGCUCCCACUCCCAAUGUGUUCUCCUCACUAUGUGUUCUACUCCGCCCCCACCACUCCUGUGUUCUUCUCACUCCCCUCCCAGUGUGUUCUCCUCCUGCCUCCCCCAUGUGUGUUCUACUCCUCCCUCCACCCUCCUGUGUUCUUCUCCGCCCCCACCCUCCCUUGUUCUUCUCACCUCCCCCCUCCUCCCUGUGUUCUUCUCACCUCCCCUCCUUGUGUUCUCCUCAUCUCCCCCUUCUCCCCCUCCUCCUGUGUCCUUCUUACUCUUCCCCUCCUCUCUGUAUUCUUCUUACCCGUGUUCUUCUUACUCCCCCUGUUCUUCUUAACCCCCAUUCUUCUUAAUUCCCCCUUCUUCUUAAUCCCCCCCACCCCUCCCCUUCUUCUUAAUCCCACCUACUUAAUUUUGCUUCUUCUUAAUUCCCCUCCUUUGUGAAUUCUCCCCAUCACCCCAUCUUCUUAAUCCCCACUCUUCUUGUGAAAUCCCUCACCUUCCCUCCCCUCCCCUGUAGCGUGGCCGAGCUGCUCUGCUGUCCGCGGUGCCGGCCGGACUGACAGGAAGGAGUGUGCACUUCCUGUCAGUCCGGCCGGUGACAGGAAACAGAAACUCCUGUUCCGCGCGGGGUUUCUGUUUCCUGUAACCGGCCAGACUGACAGGAAGUGCACACUGAGUGUGCACCUUCCUAUCACUCGACAUUUAUGGACUGGAAGGGAGCCUAAAUAAUCAGGGAGAAGGAGGGAAAGAUGUGCUGCAGCAUUAGGACCGGCCCUACAGCGGCCGGUCCUAAAAUGAUUUGAGGCGGCCUGGGGGGCAAUUGCCUCCCUGCCCCCCAGCCCAGCCCGCCCCUGCUAGAGACACUGUUGGAAACAUAGUUUGCAAGUUCAUAGUUGCCAGAACAGUAGUUACACUACCUGGACAGGGGCCAGGGCAUAAAAUGAAAGCUAUCAAUGGCUGCAACCAGAUUUCUGAAAAGGCAGGUUGUGAAAAAUCAUUGAGUGACUUGCAAAAGACCUGCAACAAGACUUGGUGGCAACAGGCACUGACGUUUCAGUGAGCACAGUAAUGCGCAUACUAAAUGGAGAACAUUUCCAUGCCAGAACUCUAAGACGUACACCACUACUGACCCAAAAGCAGAAGAAAAGUUGGUUCCAAUAUGCUCAAGAUCCAAUAAAUAAGCCACAGAGGUUUUGUGAUUCUGUCCUGUGGAGCAAUGAAACAAAACUGAAGCUUUUCCGCCCAAUGGAUCAGUGGCAUGUCUAGAAGACGAAGAAUGAAACAUAUGCUGAAAAGAACACCCUGCCUACAGUUAACUAGGUGGUAUCUUGGUGAUGCUCUGAGGCUGCUUUGCAUCCUCUGGCACUGGAAACCUGCAGUGUGUGGAAGGCAAGAUGGAUUAAUUGAAGUAUCAGGAAAUCCUAGGAGAAAAUGUCAUGCCGUCUGUGAGGAAGCUGAAGCUUGAACAUCAUUGGACCUUCCAGCAAGACAAUGAUCCAAAAAAAUCACUAAGUCUUGGCUGAAGAGGAAGUCCUGGAAAAUUCUACAGUGGCCAUCACAGUCACCUGACUUGGACCACAUGAAAAUAUCUGUGGUAGAAUUUGAAGAAGAUGGUUGAGGCACACAAACCCAAGAAUAUUACUGAACUAGAGGCCAUUGCUCAUGGGCUUAGAUUCCUCAGGAAUGCUGUCAGAAGCUGGCGUCUGGCUAUGCAGCUCAUUAGCAGCAGGUCAUAACAGCACAGGGUUGCUCUACUAAGUACUAAAGAUGCUUCCCAUGAAGGGGUUGAAUAAUUUUGAGACUGGGGAAGUUAUUAUAAAUUGCAUAUCAACUUGAAUAUUGGGAAACCACUUGAAGCAUUUGUUAUAUUGAGCUAUUUCACUUGCUUUUGUGGGAUUUGUUCAUUGCAAACAGCUAAAAGUCUGCACAUUUUGACAAUAAACCUAAUUUUCAAUGGGGGUUGAAUAAUUUUGAUUACAACUGUAGGACACUCAAAAUGUUUGUUUGGUUAUUGAUAUAAUAAUUUGCCCAGUUUAUUUACAGCACUUGAAAAAGAUUAGCGAUUAUAUAUUAUUCGCUAGCAAAGAUCAGGAUGUUGGGCACAUUGGUUGGAAGGAGGGGGAAAAGAAGAAGUAGUGUCAGACAUUUUGGACUAAACUGCCUUAGUGAGAGGGGACAAUGGGGUGAAGUAAGCUGUUUGUGAACAGGAAAGUCUUCCCAACUUAGCUAUAAGGAAGGUGGUUGAUUUAAAGGAAUCCUAUAGGCACCAAAACAACUUUAACUUAAUGAAGCAGGUUUGGUGUAUAGAUCAAGACCCUGCAAUCUUACUACUCAAUUAUCUGUAAUUUAGGAGUUAAAUCACUUUCUUUAUACAGUCCAAGUCACACCUCCCUGCACACAGCAAUUUUUGCAUUUUGAAAAGUCAGUUUCAGCAACUAUUUGUAGCAAUGACCAUGGAUAAUAUUUAAAGGACUCCAUAGCCAAGCUUGGUGAAAUGAUCUACAGUGAGGGAAAAAGUAAUUGAUCCCCUGCUGAUUUUGAACGUUUGUCCACUGACCAUGAAAUGAUCAGUCUAUAAUUUUAAUUGUAGGAGUAUUUUAACAGUGAAAGACAGAAAAAAAAAAUCCAGAAAAACACUUUUCAAAAAAGUUAUAAAUUGAUUUGCAAGUCAAUGAGUAAAAUAAGUAUUUGAUCCCCUAUCAAUCAGCAAGAUGUCUGGCUCCCAGGUGUCUUUCAUACAGGUAACAAGCUGAGAUUAGGAGCACUCUCUUAAACGGAGUGCUCCUAAUCUCAGCUUGUUACCUGUAUAAAAGACACCUGUCCACAGAAGCAAUCAAUCAGAUUCCAAACUCUCCACCAUGACCAAAGAUGCCAGGGACAAGAUUGUAGAUCUAUAGCAUACCAAGGCUGGACUGGGCUACAUGACCAUCACCAAGCAGCUUGGUGAGAUUGUUCGCAAAUGGAAGAAACAUAAAAUAGCUGUCAGUCUCCCUCAUUCUGGUGCUCCACACAAGAUCGCACCUCGUGGAGUUUCAAUGAUCAUGAGAACAGUGAGGAAUCAGCCCAGAACUACAUGGGAGGAUCUUGUUAAUGAUAUCAAGGCAGCUGGGACCAUAGUUACCAAGAAAACAAUUGGUAACACACUACGCCAUGAAGGACUGAAAUCCUGCAUCGUCCGCAAGGUUCCCCUGCUCAAGAAAGCACAUGUACAGGCCCAUCUGAAGUUUGCCAAUAACAUCUGAAUGAUUUAGAGGAGAACUGAGUGAAAGUGUUGUGGUCAGAUGAGACCAAAAUUGAGCUCUUUGGCAUCAACUUAACUCGCCGUGUUUGGAGGAGGAGCGAUGCUGCCUUUGACUCCAAGAACACCAUCCCUACCGUCAAACAUGAAGGUAGAACCAUUAUGCUUUGGGGGUGUUUUUCUGCUAAGGACAACUGCACCGCAUCAAAGGGACGAUGGAUGGGGCCAUGUACCGUCAAAUCUUCUUUUUCAAAUAAUUUAUUAGAGUUUAUAACAAUACAUCAAAAUAAUACAGGAAAAUAACACAGAGGGAAAAAAAUUAUAAUAAUAAAUAAAUAAGAUAAAUCAAUGUAUGCAUAUUUCAAUUAGAUAUCAAGAUUAAAUAUCAAGAUUAGAUAUUAGAGAUGAUUAUUAUAGAUUAGAGAUUAAGAUUAGAGGUCAAGUCCUGGGUCUUUCUGAUUUAACUGAAUAUGGUUAUUAUAAGCCAAAUUUAACUUACUUCCAGAUGCCUUAAAUGUUACUGUUACUGGUAAUACUAAUACCUGCCUCUAUGUCAUUAUCCAAGUUUAUUCUUAAUUUUAUUCUCAGCCAGCCAUCCUCUUCUCUUACCCUUUCCUCUAAUAUAGAACCCCAGAUUUUCCAGAACUUUGUCAAAGAAUUAGUAGACAAAUAUGCCAUAUAUUCCAUUUGAUAAAUAUUAUAAAGCAUUUUUAAUAAACCUUGUAUUGAAGGAACUUUCAUGCUCUUCCAGUUUUUAGCAAUAAAAGUCUUAAUAGUUAUAAAGAAGAAAGAUAUCAAUCUUUUAGAUGGCAAAUGAAUUAUUAUUGGAUGGUUAUUUAAUUAUGCUACCUCUAAAGAGAAGAAAAUAUGGACCUGAAGAUUACAUUGAUAAGAUCAUAUAAUUUAUUCCACCCCCUAUAAAUGUGUUGGCAAUCCCACCAGAUAUGUGAUAGUGAGCCAAUCUCCCCACAUUCUCGUCAACAACGAUUAGAGACACUUGGGUACAUAUGCUGCAAUCGGACGGGGGUUAAGUACCAUCUAGUAAGCGAUUUGUAUGAUAAGCAAUAGAAGAAAUUACUAAUAUCCCCUGUAUGAGAAAUAUUCCCAACAGAGGUGGUCAGUAUGAGUGGUACCCACCUACUCUGGGCAUGAACCCUAGUAACAUAGCAUAGAGUAAAGAAAAUAAGGAAUUUUCAUCUCAGAGCAAUUCCUCUUGGGUACUAAUAAGUAGAUAGGCUGAUAAAAGGUGAGUGCAACAUAUAACACUUAAAGGACCACUAUAGUGCCAGGAAAACAUAUUCGUUUUCCUGGCACUAUAGUGCCCUGAGGGUGCCCCCACCCUCAGGGUCCCCCUCCCGCCCGGCUCUGGAAAGGGGAAAGGGUUAAAAACUUACCUUUUUCCAGCGCUGGGCGGGGAGCUCUCUGCUUCCUCUCCUCAUCUUCUCCUCCUCCUGGACUGAAUGCGCACGCGCGGCAAGAGCUGCGCGCGCAUUCAGCCCGUCGCAUAGGAAAGCAUUUACAAUGCUUUCCUAUGGACGCUUGCGUGCUCUCACUGUGAAAAUCACAGUGAGAAGCACGCAAGCGCCUCUAGUGGCUGUCAAUGAGACAGCCACUAGAGGGAAUAGGGGAAGGCUUAACCCAUUCAUAAACAUAGCAGUUUCUCUGAAACUGCUAUGUUUAUGAAAAAAUGGGUUAACCCUAGCUGGACCUGGCACCCAGACCACUUCAUUAAGCUGAAGUGGUCUGGGUGCCUAGAGUGGUCCUUUAACGAGGAAGUGAACACUGAAUAGUGGAGGAUAGGUGUAUAAAUUAUCCAUUUGGUAAACCAGCAGGCUUUAUUUGUGUUAGAAACAUCUGGUCUGCUCAAUUUUCUAAAUACUUUCAUUAGUCCCUGGCCUUAUCUUAGAGUUAGGAUAGCCUUAUGCCUAUCCCACGCAUGCUUAAACUCCUUUACUGUGUUAACCUCUACCACUUCAGCUGGAAGGCUAUUCCAUGCAUCCACUACCCUCUCAGUAAAGUAAUACUUCCUGAUAUUAUUUUUAAACCCUUGUCCCUCUAAUUUAAGGCUAUGUCCUCUUGUUGUGGUAGUUUUUCUUCUUUUAAAUAUAGUCUCCUCCUUUACUGUGUUGAUUCCCUUUAUAUAUUUAAAUGUUUCUAUCAUAUCCCCCCUGUCUCGCCUUUCCUCCAAGCUAUACAUGUUAAGAUCCUUUAACCUUUCCUGGUAAGUUUUAUCUUGCAAUCCAUGAACCAGUUUAGUAGCCCUUCUCUGAACUCUCUCUAAGGUAUCAAUAUCCUUCUGAAGAUACGGUCUCCAGUACUGUGUACAAUACUCCAAGUGAGGUCUCACCGGUGUUCUGUACAAUGGCAUGAGCACUUCCCUCUUUCUACUGCUAAUGCCUCUCCCUAUACAACCAAGCAUUCUGCUAGCAUUUCCUGCUGCUCUAUUACAUUGUCUGCCUACCUUUAAGUCAUCAUAAAUAAUCACCCCUAAAUCCCUUUCCUCAGAUGUUGAGGUUAGGACUCUAUCAAAUAUUCUGUACUCUGCCCUUGGGUAUGCAUUUAAAUGUUUCUAUCAUAUCCCCCAUCUCAUCUUUCCAUCAAGCUAUACAUGUUAAAAUCCUUUAACCUUUCCAGUGGCAGGUGAUGUGAAAAAAAGUAUCCCAAUUUGUAUGAUAUUUCUAUAUGGUUUGUACAUCUUGAGAUUUUUGCGGUAAAUGUUAACAGGGAUGUCCAAUCUUCAUUAGAAAUUGAACGGCCUAACUCCUUUUCCCAUCCUGAUUUAACAGAAAUGUUCUCUAAAUAUAUAUUGAGGAUAUUAGGGAUUGGUAACAUACCGAAAGGGAUUUAUGCCCUUCAGCUGCAUUUUUUAAUAAAUUAGAAAAAAAACAGCAUCUGCCGCUGAUCCUCUAGAUAGCAUUAAAGACGCCAGACAAUGCCGAAUCCUAAAAUAUUUAUAAAAAAAUCACGGUGUGGAAUAUUAUAUUGUAACUGUAUAGAAGUAAAAUGUACCGUCAAAUCUUGGGUGAGAAACUCCUUCCCUGAGCCAGGACAUUGAAAAUGGGUCAUGGAUGCAUAUUCCAGCAUGACAAUGAUCCAAAAUACACAGCCAAGGUAACAAAGGAGUGGCUCAAGAAGAAGCACAUUAAGGUCCUGGAGUGCCCUAGCCAUUCUCCAGACCUUAAUCCCAUAGAAAAUCUGUGGAGGGAGCUGAAGGUUCGAGUUGCCACACGUCAGCCUCAAAACCUUAAUGACUUGGAGAAGAUCUGCAAAGAGGAGUGGGACAAAAUCCCUCCUGAAAUGUGUGCAAACCUGGUGGCCAACUACAAGAAAUGUCUGACCUCUGUGAUUACCAAGAAGGGUUUUGCCACCAAGUACUAAGUCAAAGGGGUCAAAUACUUCACUCAUAAUUUCACUCAUUAACAUGCAAAUCAAUUUAUAACUCUUUUGAAAUGCAUUUUUCUGGAUUUUUUUUGUUUUGUUAUUUUGUCUCUCACUGUUAAAAUACACCUACCAUUAAAAUUAUGGACUGAUCAUUUCUUUGUCAGUGGGCAAACGUUCAAAAUCGUCAGGGGAUCAAAUACUUUUUUUCCUCACUUUAUAUAAUUCCUGAAUUAGUCCAUGAAGGAAAUGGAAAGACGUAUAUAAAUGCACACUUUUUCCUUUAUCUGUCAAUGUCCAUGUCUCUGUCAAUAGCAGUUGACCUUCAGGUUUGCUUUUGCCUAUCACAUGUAUGCCAAUGUCUCAGUUCCUGAAUGUUUAUACAUAGGAAUUACAAUUUAGUCAGAAUACAGGAUUAGUAUUGAUUGAUAUUUGCUUCCCAUUUUUCUUUUUAAUAAUUCCAGACAUCCGUAUUGGUGUUGGGUUGCACACUAUGUUAUAUUGUACUGAUGAUGAUGUCUGAAGUUCUUCUUAAUAGGAUGUUUAUUGACUGGAGCUCAGUAAUUUGUGUCCAUAUGAAAAGUCAGGAUCAUCUCUGUCUUUCCAUAGAAAGGACACAAAUUAAAUAAGCACAACGGGGCAUUUCCUCAGAUGGAAUUCAGUUCAAAUAUAGAAUUUUAAUUCACCAAAAACUGUACUUUGCAGUAGUAUUCACGUUCAAAUAGAACAUUGUUAUUUCCAUUGUAUUUUCAGGAACUGAAAUCAGUGAUGGAAGAGACUGGGGACUUAUCAGUGGUAUUGAACAUGGACAGUCGUUGUUACUUGAACCUGGAGGACAUUGUGAAAGAGGUUAAAGAACGAUAUGAAAACAUUGCAGCCCGCAGUCGAGAAGAGGCUCAAGCAUUGUCUAAGAGGAAGGUACACAUGCAAUUCAAAAUGUAAUUUGGUACUGUGUAAAUAGAUUGAUUCUUAAAGACUUAAACAUUUAUAAAAUAUAAAGAAAUAUAUAAAUACAUUUUUGUGUAGACUUAUUAGAGUAUCAAAAUGCCUUUCAUUCUACUCAUAACAUUUUGAACGAACGUUCAGAAAAUUAUCUUCUCAAAGGUUUUAUAAGGUACUAGACUUAUUCAUAGUCCAAAAAAUUAUAUGGUUUUGUUUGUUUGAAAUGUACAAUCGAUUCACCAAACUGAAUUUCAUCAAUGCAAUUUGGUUUGUCAUCUUUAAAACAAUUACACAAUUCAUACCAGAGACAUACCAAGCUUUGUAAACUUUCUGUAUAGUUCCACACCCCCGUGUUAUCUUAACCCAUGUUACUUCUUGUGUAUCUCUCACCUGCUUAUCUUUUAGGUAUCUCUUAACCUUUUGUACCUCUUUACCCUCUUACCAUUUUUUGCCCCCACAAGCAUUCAAAGGCACAUGGAUACUGAUAUAUAUACAUAGACAUGCAAUCACAUACAAACAUGGACACAUGUAUAGUCACAUGCAUAGACACACAAACGCACAGACACACAAUCCUAUACCAUGACAUUCUCAACAUUAUCACACAUUUACACACACGGUCAUGUGCAUACCAAGUUUAUUCAGUGAACUAUGAAUUGUAAUGGUCUGGUGAAUAAAAGUUCAGACUUCCAUUCCAUUUUGCAAUUUGGAUUUCAAAAAUGAAAUUAAUCACACUUCUGAAUUUGCAGCUUAGGGAGUUAACCCCAAACCCCCUAAGGUUUAGUGUAUUUCUUAAAGUGAAAUAUAUUUGCUUGCUUGCAAUGCCUCCCCCGGGGGCUCUUGUUGUAAAUCCUAUUUCUGCAGCUCCAGCCUAGCCUCCUGUUCCAGGCUCCUUCCCGCUCCCCUUUUGCCUCUACAUCUUAUCUCCAGGCUCCAGUAACACCAUGGCCACCACUUAGUAUCCAGUUGAUCUAAUACUACAGCUCCCAAACUCCUUGCAAACCUUAAGGCACUGUGGUGCUUUUAUAAGCCCUACAAGUGUUUGCAUGGUUCAGAGAGUGUGUCUGCAUGGCUCAGUGUGUCUACAUAUGUAAUUGUGUCUUUGCAUUGGUCAGUAAAUGUGUGUGUGUGUGUGUGUGUGUGUGUCUGCAUGGGCCAAUGUGCUUGUUUGCAUGGGCUAGACUGUGUUUUUGGCAUGAGUCAUGCCAAAAGCUUCCUGAUUGGACAUUCAGAGGCAAUGCAAUGCAAUAAGGUACUGGGCUUUCAGACCUUGGGGUUAAACUGUUAGUUAAAUGUUUAACCCCUUAAAAUAAGACUGGGCCCAGGACCUUCAUGCUUCAUAACAACUUUUCUGGUCACUAUAGUGCCAGGAAAACAAACUUGAUCAAACAGCAUCGCAGAAGCGCUUCUAGCGGCUGUCAGGAAGAAAGCCACUAGAGGCUGGAUUAACCCUGCAAUGUAAACACAGCAGUAUCUCUGAAACUGCUAUGUUUACAUCUGAAAUAUUAAAACCUAGGGGACCUGGCACCCAGACCACUUCAUUGAGCUGAAGUGGCCUGGGUGACAAUAGUGUCCCUUUAAUUACAAUUAAGUUAUUAUGGUGCCAGAUUGGACCUUUAAAAAAGAUCUAAAAGUGACACCUCCUCAUUACUUCACACUACUAGAGGAUAUUGAAGCCCUUACUGGGGUGAGUAGUGUAGUGUAGAUACGGUAACCCCUUAAGGACCAAACCUCUGGAAUAAAAAGUAAUCAUGACAUGUCACACAUGUCGUGUCCUUAAGGGGUUAAACAACGCAAUUCUCCACAGCCUUCUAUGUUCAAUAGGUUGUCAUUACCUGUAUAAUUCUCAUGUGACAGAUCAUUAAAUGGGGAUCUUUCAUUUAUCUGAACUGCACAGUUGGAACAUAAUUCUCUGAGAGCUGGACGUUGUGAGGCAGAACUGGAGAGCAGUCGCAGCCACAUUACUCAGCUUAACGGCAAGAUUCAGCGAAUAAGGUCAGAGAUUCUCACCACUCAGACUCAGGUGAGUGGUCUUGUCUGUUAUAGUUAUGCUUUUGAAAUGUAUCCAGGUAGUAAUACAUUAAAUACUGUGAAUGAAUCAGAACCAAAAUAGUGACCUGUGUACUAUCCCUGAGUCCUAAUCCUUAUGAUUAUUUACAUAACACAGUAGCACUAUGCACCACUUGAUAUCCCUGCAAUUAAAGUGUAAGCUCACCUACCAAAUUCAAAACAAACCUCUUGAUAACAGUUCACCUGUUGCUUUCAGGCAAACUCUCUAGUUAGACAAGGAUAUUCCUAUAAAGUAAUUAACCCUUAAUAGGGCACACAUGAGGUGGGCAACUAUACUUUAACAAGGUCGUGGAAUAAAAAAAUCAAAUAAAACACAGAAAUUAGUCUUGCCACAACUUGUACAGGAUCAAUUUCUAUAAUAUUCAUAAAUGUAUACACAAAACCAGAAAUGUUACAUGCUGUUGUUUUCGGUUUUAUAGUUGCAUUGUUUUUUAGUAUUCCUUAUGUUGUUUUCUUCACACUUGUAUAACCAAAUUAAUGCCUCCGAGGAGGAGAAUACUUUAGGUAUUGAUCACCCAUAUUAUAUGGUAGUAGCAAGGACCAAAUGGCAUGGCCUGUGCAGGUUUUACUUACUUCAAUUUUCUCGUUAUUUGAAAAUGUGCACUUGGAGCUUGAUUGGAGCUUGUAUGGUGGAACUCCCCUUACUUACAGACUAGAGUCACUAGACUGUGAGCUACCGUGAGCUGGACCCUCAAUUACUCCUUCCUCAUUUGUAUUACCUUAUAUAUGUGUUCAUUGUGCACCAUUUAACUAAUGCCCACUUUACAAAUAAACUAUACCAGGGGUGCCCAAAAUCUAGAUCCCCAGAUGUUGCAGAACCACAACUCCCAUGAUGCUUUGCAUGCCUUUAUAAUGACAAAGCAUCAUGGAAGUUGUAGUUUUAAAAACAUCUGGGGAUCUAAGUUUUAAAAAUAUUAUUGUAUGCAAUCCCAUUAAUCAAUGCAGUGUUGUAAGUGUCCACUUGGUCGAGUGCAAGGCAGUACACCGAAGCUCCUCAUAGUUAUUUAAAUAGAUGUUAUAACCUCUCAUUUAACAUGUCAUUCUAAGCACCAUAACAACUGUGCAUUAUUGAGAACUUUUUUUUCCUCUUCCCAGAAUGACUAAUAACUGCAGGGAUUUGUAAAUACUGCUGCAGCGAUAAGACUGCCCCAUGGUGCGGUGAUGUCAAAGAGGGAGUUUAUUUUGUCCUUUGCUAUCUAAACUCCAACUUGUAGCUAUAGUAUAUGCAUCUGAGCGACUAGGCUUUGGUUGCACAUAUGCGUGGUCUAUAGCUCGCUGUAAAUAGCUCAGUUCUCAAUGUUAGAGGCUGUAGCUUUGGGGUGGUUGCUUUAGUCAAUUAUUAUUUUGAAUGCCUUUUCUGUGCUAUCUAUACAUGUACUAAACCUGUUUUGUCUCUGCUCUGUUUGAUAAAUCAGUGUGUACAUCUGGAGCGAGAAGUGUCAGAGAGUAAGGCCAAGAGUGAUAUUACCCUCAAAGAUGCCAAAAUGAAACUGGAAGAGAUAAAUGAUGCUCUGCAGAAAGCCAAGCAGGACAUGGCUCGCCAACUGCGAGAAUACCAGGAGCUGAUGAAUGUGAAACUGGCUCUGGAUAUUGAGAUUGCCACCUACAGGAAACUGCUUGAAGGGGAGGAGAGCAGGUAAGACAAACAUUAAAUGGGAUAGAUGUAAAUCAGUCAGAAAGCAAGUGUACAGUGCUUUCUAAAAGCCUCCAGGCUGUCAUUCAAUAUUCAUUGCAUGACAGAAGGUAUAUUGAAAUUACACGCUGUAUUGUAUAUCUUUUUACAUUCUGAAAUUCAUGAUAAUGUCUUAAUUUUACAUAGUGAUGAAGUUCGGCAUUGACAUGUCUGUAUUACUGCUAUUGAUCCAAAAGAAGGGGGGUGGAAAUGAAAUUGAAGCAACUUGCAAUUUCAUCCCAAAACGGGAUACAAAAUCAUUCUUGAAAAAGGUCAGAAGGAAUUGAUCUAGCUGCAAAAAGAUCUGUAUGACAGUCUUAUCUAGAUCAGCAUUGUGCAAAAUCUUACAAGUUACACACUCCAUCCACAAGUGCCUCUAAGUCAGCAUUGGUAAACUCUCCCUUUCUUUUUGUGGUUUUACCAAUAAUGAGACUGAUUUUCUGCAGCUUUGAGAUGUGAGUCUGUCAUGGAAUGGAUGGGAAAUUACAUACAAUAGGUGAUAGGUGUGCUUUUGGUCAUGCUCAUGUAAAAGUUGUGGAGUCACUUUCCAGAAUUGUUAUUACUAUGUUUACCUAUCCCUAUAUUUAACAAAUAUGUAGAAUUUUUAUUGAUUGUAGAAAUCUAUACCCAGGGGCGUACCUAGAGCAUUUGGCACCUGGGGCGGAUCCUGUGCUUGGCACCCCCUUGCCCCCCCAAAGCCCCGCCCCCAGUGCCAGUUUGGCCCCGCCUCCGAUUUUAUUUAGCUCCGCCCACUUUCCCUCCGUGCAGCCUUUCUACCAUGGGGCACUGUGCGGCCACAGCUCACACAGCCCCAUCCAGCCAGGGCCAGUGCAAUAAUUUUUGCCGCCCUAGGCAAAAGUAAAGUUUGCUGCCCCCCCAUGUGACAUCACAAUGCCCCACCCAUAUGAUCUGCCAUGUUAUCUAACGCCAGUGCUGCAGUGCUGCCGUGUUUACAUUAAAAGGCCUGCAGGGACAGGCUAUAGACACCAGAACCACUACAUUAAGCUGCAGUGGUUCUGGGGACUAUAGUGUUUCUUUAAUGUGAGGUAAAUUAGAGAUUCGUGCCACGAAGUAAUAUGCUAGAUUGCCUACUUACAACCAGAUGAGGAUGAUGAUGGGCUCUAGCUGCAGUCUGGCUCCACUGGUCUGGUGUAGAACAGGCUCUCUGGAGGCGGUUUGUAACUGUGGUCACAAAAAUCAAUGUUCUGGGAGAACGGGAAGCAGCUCCAUUUUUUUGGGGCCCUUUACACAGCUCAAGGUCUGGGUCCCAGGGUCCACCUUCAUGUUCCACCAAUGAGUUUGUUCACAGGGGGUGGAGUGUGUAGGGGGUGUCCUGAUAUGUGUGUAAGGAAUGCAUUGUGUGAAUCUGUGUUUUUAUGUGUAAGGGCUGCAAGGUGUGUUUCUGUGUAUAUACGAGAUGCAUUGAGAGUGUGUAAUGAAUGCAUUGUGUGUUUCUGUGUGUGUAAGGGAUGCAUUGUGUGUAACAGUUGCAUUGCUUGUGUAUGUGUGUCUGUGUGUGUAAUGCAGUGUGUGUAAUGCAUUUUGUGUUUUUCUGUGUGCAAGGGGUGCAUUGUGUGUGAUGAAUGUCAAUCUCUCCCCCCCCUUCAAUUUCCAUCUCUCCCCCCCUCCAAUUUCUUUCUUUAUCCCCCUCCCAAUUUCUAUCUUUUUCCUCUCUCCAAUUUCCUUCUCCUCCUCCCAAUUUCUUUCUUUAUCCCCCCUCUCCGAUUUCCUUCUCCCCCCUCCCAAUUUCUUUCUUUAUUCCCCCUCCCAAUCUUUCUUUAUCCCCUCUCAAUUUCCUUCUCCCCAUCCCAAUCUUUUAUUUAUCCCCCCUCCCAAUUUUCUUCUUUCCCCUUCCCAAUCUUUGUUAUCUCCCCCUCCCAAUUUCCUUAUCCCCCAUUCCCAAUCUUUGUUAUCCCCCCUCCCAAUUUCCUUAUCCCCCAUUCCCAAUCUAUCCCCCUAUUUAUCCCCUCCCCCAUCCCCCCCUACCACUGUUGUAGCGUGGCCGAGCUCUGUAUCAUGGUCCGCGGGUACAGGGAGCUUUUGUUUCCUGUACCCGGCCGGACUAAAAGGAAGUGAACACUGAGUGUGUACUUCCUGUUAGUCCGGCCGGGUACAGGAGACAGAUGCUCCCUGUACCCGCGGACCAUGAUACAGGGCUCGACCACACUACAGUGAAGCAGUGACAGGAGGGAGCGCUGAGCGCUUCCAUCCUGUCAGCCCCUCUCCUCAGGCUGCGCCCGGGCGGGCAAAGCUGCAGACUCCUGAGGCUCUCUACAGAGCGCUCGGGCGGCUAGAGCAUGAGGGGGGCCGGCGCUCAUGGCAGCGCCCCCUCCCAAGGCACCCCCCACCCUGGUGGCACCCGGGGCGGACCACCCCCCUCUGCCCCCCCCCUUAGUACGCCACUGUCUAUACCUCCUAAUCCUGCAGUUGGGUGCCUCUCUAUCUUUGCUACCCAUCAAUCAUCGUUAUAAACAUUGUCCUUUGCACCUGGCAUUCAGCAUAGAGAAAGCAUAUAGAGAAGCCGAAAAUGAAAAAAAAAUGUUUCUAUGUCUCCUCUUCAUUUGCAAUGUUUGUCCUGACUUUGCCUUGUCUGAAUUGGAUUAUGAGGUCACUUGAUAAAUCAGUAAUAUAAAUUUAAAAGAAUUGGAGUAUUUAAUGGAAAAAAGGAGAAUGUGGAGUGCAGAACUGUUACCAAUACGGUGAACUGCGCUGUCACUAUCAAUUUAUGUCAAUUUCAAAGUUCAAAUUUAAUAAACAGGACUGAUGCUGGGGCUGAAUAAUUUAUCCCACAAACUCCUGCUUUACAUGCAUUUAUGGAAUUAAAUCAAAAUCCACUCACUAGAAUGGUAGUGUCCGGAUUGGUGGAGCCUCUCCCUGAUUUGUAAGUCUAUAUGUUGCCAUUGCUUGCCUGCAAAAAUGCAGCAGUAACAUGAAAUAUAAAAGUAAGCUUUUUUGUCUUUUAUUUUUGCACCCGGGGCGGACCACCCCCCUCUGCCCCCCCCCCCUUAGUAGGCCACUGUCUAAACCUCCUAAUCCUGCAGUUGGGUGCCUCUCUAUCUUUGCUACCCAUCAAUCAUCGUUAUAAACAUUGUCCUUUGCACCUGGCAUUCAGCAUAGAGAAAGCAUAUAGAGAAGAGGAAAAUGAAAAAAAAAUGUUUCUAUGUCUCCUCUUCAUUUGCAAUGUUUGUCCUGACUUUGCCUUGUCUGAACUGGAUUAUGAGGUCACUUGAUAAAUCUGUAAUAUAAAUUUAAAAGAAUUGGAGUAUUUAAUGGAAAAAAGGAGAAUGUGGAGUGCAGAACUGUUACCAAUACGGUGAACUGCGCUGUCACUAUCAAUUUAUGUCAAUUUCAAAGUUCAAAUUUAAUAAACAGGACUGAUGCUGGGGCUGAAUAAUUUAUCCCACAAACUCCUGCUUUACAUGCAUUUAUGGAAUUAAAUCAAAAUCCACUCACUAGAAUGGUAGUGUCCGGAUUGGUGGAGCCUCUCCCUGAUUUGUAAGUCUAUAUGUUGCCAUUGCUUGCCUGCAAAAAUGCAGCAGUAACAUGAAAUAUAAAAGUAAGCUUUUUUGUCUUUUAUUUUUGCAUAUUCUUAAUACAUUAAAACUGAGUGGCCGAUUGCAGAACAGGAGUGUCCCUUAUAUUACAAUUUCUGUAACUCAAUUGCAAUAUGAUGGAUUAAAUGAACACUAUAGGGUCAGGAACACAAACAUGUAUUCCUGACCCUAUAGUAUUGAAACCACCAUCUAGCCUCCCCUGCCUCCUUCCCCCCUUUGAUUCCCUAAAUAUAUUAAAAUCUAACUUGUAUUCAAGUUUGCAGCUGCUGCCUCUGCCCCUGAUAUUUGCUGCUUGUCUGGCAUCAUCAGAAGUGAUUCUGUGAGCCAAUCACAAUGCUUUCCUAUAGGAUUGGGUGAUACUGUCAAUGAGAAAGAUCAGGGGCAGAACCAGCACAAGUCAAACUCAGAUGUGGCCAAUCAGCAUCUCCUCAUAGAGAUGCAUUGAAUCAAUGCAUCUCUACAAGUAGUCAUACUCUUCAUACUGACAAUAGGAGCUCUGAUAGGCUAAAAGCAGUCAGCUGACACUCUCAUUCAAUCACAGCUGCUUAUUCCUACUUAGGCUAAUACUUCCUCAUCAGCCAAAGCAGCACAGAGGGGAUGGCAUGCUGAUAACUCUUGUUUAGCAUGAAAACCUUAAAACUGUUUCAUGCUGAUUGAAAUGACACCACCAGGGAAUUCCAGACACUAUAACCAGUUCAAUGAAGUGAAGUAAAUACAGUGCUCACAGUCUCCCUUUAAUAUAAUGUACUGUGAAGGCAUUCCCUUCCUAGUUACAGUUCAAAAUGUGAUAGAGCCUACUAAUCUUGCUGACACAACAUCUCACAAGCAGAUGGGAAAAACUGAGACUAUUUUCUCACUGAGCUGAAAUGUUUAGCACUUAAAUCCCAACAGAAAUAUAAGGUGUAACCACUUCAUGACCAAAUAUACAGGCUUCCUUUAUGCAACCUCUUUUCUUACCAUGUACUUGCAGAACCAAACUAAGUAACUCCUUCACUACAAUGAAACUGCAGAUUGCCAUGUCUGGCCCUGGAAAAGCUACCGAUGAGAAAACCAUUUAAAACAGUUUUUCUGCUAAGACAGAGUGUUGUAAUAAGACAGGAAAGUAUAGUGCCAGACGUAUGUGCAUAGCGUCCUAUAUCAUACAACUCGCAACAAAAUCGUAAGUGCUAUGAGCUACGUAUGUGUAGGCUGAGAAGCAAUGCCCCUAUCAGGAGCACAUACUGGCGCAGGAUUUUAAUAGACCGAGAGCCAAGGGUCCCAUCCCUCAUUUUGAAAUCAAAUUCUGGUUAUGCUUGCCACCAAUCAUUUUAUGGCAGACACUAUAGGUAAUAUUCAUAACUAUAGGUAACGUCCUGUGCACUUUUACCAUGCCUGCACAAAGUCCUACUGACAUCAAAAUCCUACUGCCUGGCUUCUCUAAGCAGAGAAAGAUUUUGCACUGCUCAAGAAAGAGCCCUUUCUUGAUGCAUGCAGGAAAUUUGGGAGAAUGGGUGAUGAAAGUCUGGCAUGGAGUGUUAAUAAAUAAAAAUAUGAUUUCCAUUUUUUAUUGCAUUUACGUAUAUAUUUUGUGGAGAUACCACACUUAUCCACUUGUAUCUUCUCGACCACUAGUUAGUGGGGGGUAACCCCUAUAUAAAACAUUGAUACAAGAAAGAGCAAAGAAGGUUUAGUCAUCGAUACAUAAGUAUAAAGUAUUCCAGAUCUAAACCUUAAGUCAGGGCAACCCUUGUAAAUAAUCUCUUUAAAACAUAACUUUUCAUAAAACUUAGCUAAAAGUACUGUGUGCACAAGGUCAAUGAAAGGGGAAAAAGGGAUCAGCGCUACAGGGUACUUGCUAAAGCAAUAGUAGUACCUAUGGCAUGGGGGUAGUCAUAAUAAAGUAAUCUUAAAUCCAAAUACCCAAAAUAAAAAAUAAAAAUAAUAACCAAAUUAGAAAAAAAGUGAAUAAGUAUAUCUCCAACUACCAUCACUCAGUUCCAAAGUAGCGUUGACUCCCCUUCCCCUAAUGCUAGAAGUAUAGAAUAAGCUAAUAAACUGCUAGCUACCUAUCUAUUUAGUGAAUAAAACAGUAGCAAGGUGGCUAAUCUAGAAGAAAGUAAGCUGCAGCAUCGUCCCCAUAUAGCUCUGCCACCCACUGCUCUAAAAUCCCGACGCGCGUUUCGCCGACUACUGGCUCUUCCAAGGGAAUCGGGUUAGAGAAAAUCUAUUAGUUUAAAUAUCGCGCCCUCCACUCUUGUUGGAUAGUAAAUCUGCCAACCAGAUUGGAGGGCUGAAGAGUGACGUCCAAUUUGUCCUGUUAACCUUUAGUGGGAUGGGUAAAAAAUAAAAACACAAUAAUAAUUAGUUAGUUAGUAAUUUAGUGUGCCAAUUAUUAUUAGAGUAAGGAUUACACCAAGCUAGAAUUAUGCAUUAAGUCCCUUCUGUAUGAUAAAAAGUCCAAAGGUGCUGAGAAUGAUUAACAUUCUCAGACUCAUAAGAACACCCAUAAUUUCGUUAUGUCUCUUGUAGCAAAAGUUUGCUACAGUAACUAUUCAUUCAGUAUGUUACCAAUCUGCAGUAACUGUAAUUGUAUUCAUCAAGUGAUUAUACAGUCCUUAUGCUGGGAUUUACCAAGUCAUAGAGAGAGAUGGAAUUAAGCAACAGCAAUCAUGAACUGAUGGUCGUUAUUAAAAUCAAAUUUUUUUUACAAUUUUUUUGUCCAAUCACAACUUUCAAAAUUUCUAAUAUGAAAUUAAUAGCUACUACAAGGCUUUUCAUUCGUGAUUGGAGUAUAUAGCUAGGAGUAUUUCUUACAGAAAUACUAAGUCUAAAAGACCCCAUGCUAUAUUGGCAGAGGAGUGAUUUUUAAUCUGAUUAUAAUCAUACUUGGAGUAAUGUUUAAAACCAUAUUUACAGAUGAAAAAUCUCGUUUUGGGUGAAGAACAACCCCCAGGAUCAAGGAUAAUACAUUGAGUAAAUAAAUCUAAUAUAAAGUAAUAUAAUGAACCAUAACCACAGUGUGUCAUAUUAUUUAUGAAUGAAAGUUUUAAUUAAUAUUUAUUUUUCGAUUGUAUUGGUAUAGCAUCUUCAAUGAGAAGUUUAGUAAAGUAACCUCUAGUAAUGUAAAACACCUUAAUUCUUAGGUGUAAAUACACAUUAUUCCUAGAUGUAUAUACAAAUUAUUCCUAGAUGUAUCCAUAUCCGUAGUUAUUAUGUGAUAAUAACUACGGUGAGAUCUUUUAGUCUACUUAUGGCCACAACAGUCCUCCUGGUUGGAGCAAUUCCUUUUUGCUCUCAGAUAUUGGCCAUAUGCAAUAUUGGCCUUUAGAUGAUAGGGGUGAAAGUUAUGCCAAUGUAGGUAACUGUUGGUAGCUGUAGGUUUUCUAAAUAACGAGGUAGUCACCUCCCCAUCAUCUAAAAUGUUAAUCUUUAAAUCCAGGAAGACUAGGUCUCUCUCAUCAAUAAUGUGAGUAAGUUUCAAAUUUAUUUUAUUAUUGUUGAGGUGUUCUACCAUUUCCUCAAACAGUGUAAAGGAGCCUAACCAAAAAAUUAACACGUCAUCUAUAUAUCAAUACCAUUUGUAUAUAGAUGUAGUGACUUUAGUAUUGAUUUUGGACUUUGAAAAUUAAGCAAAAUAACUCAGUAGUAGAUUUAAGAGCCUUGGCUACCCUAAAAGGAUUUUAAAGAGAGCCUACCAACAAACUAAAGCUAUUGAUAGAUCUGAGAGUUUACACAGACCACCUACAAACACCUCCACAACCCCAGGCAUAACUAGAUUUAUAGGCACGUAUGACAACUAGACAUGUGCAAUUCGUUUCGGUCCGAAUAUGAAUUCGGACGAAUUUCGGGAAAUUUGGUACUUCCGAAUGUCCGAAUUGCCGAGGUCCCGAAAUUACCAAAUUUCCGAAGUUGCCAAAGUUCCGAAGUGUCAAAGUGCCGAACUGCCGAAGUUCCGAAGCACAGUAUUGCCUAAGUACUAAUAUACUUACCCAGUGAAAGAAGAAUGUUACAUUGUAUACAAUUUUAAAUAAAAAGUAUACAAACAUAGCCAGGAUUCAGCUGAAAGCAUUUGCAACACUUACAACCAUCAAGUGACAUACAUUCAUAUAAAAUGUAAAUUACUUGGCCAGUCAAUGUAAUGACAGGAAUGAAUAAGUAGAUAACUCCCUAAUUCACACAGUAUCACGGUAUUAGGGAGCUAUCUACUAAAAGGCUGAAAGACCUAAAUUGGUCUUUCAGACAAAUUUACUAAUACUAAGUAAAGAUUACUUAGUAUUAGUAAAUUAUUGCUCUACUCGCUACUUAAUCCACCAAUCAGAGUGUUAUGAGUCAAAUUACACAGCGUGGGAAAAUUCCAAAGAACUUUCCCACGCUGUGUAAAAUGACACAGAGCACUCUGAUUGGUGGAUUUCAAACCAACCAAUCAGAGUGCUGUGACAGGUAAAUGUAGAGACUUACCUGUCAGUCUCUUCAUUUACCUGUCAUAGCACUCUGAUUGGAUGGCUUAAACCCACCAGAGUGCUCUGAGCCUAACUGAAGGGCGGGGCAAGGCUUUAUAAGCCUUCCCCACCCUGCAGAGCUCAGUCUGCGUGGAGCCCUUCGCCGGGUGAAGAUGGAUUUUAUUUUUGCGCUUUUUUUUUUUUUUUUGUGUCGGUUAUUAUGGUUUUUUUAUUUGGCCUUUUUUGGGGCUGAAAAAAGAAGAUUUUAGAAGAAAGAAAACAUUGAAUGGUAAGUUUUUUUAUUUUUAUUUUUACAGGUACUUAGUUAAAGGUCCCACCCCUCAUUAUUUUUAGGGUGAGGGGGGUAGGUAGGGAAAUACAUUUUUUGGGGGGAGGGGGACAAUAGGUCCCCCCAUUGGUAUUUAGGUCCCCCACGCGCCACUCAAGGGUGGGGGCCAGGGGGGAGGACAUUAGGUGUCCCCCCUUAUUAGUAUUUAUGGCCCCAACCUGCCACUCAGGGGUGGGGGCCAGGGGGAGGACAUUAGGUCCCCCCCUUAUUAGUAUUUAGGGCCCCCACCCACCGCUAAGGGGUGGGGGUCGGGGGAGGACAUUAGGUCCCCCCCUUAUUGGUAUUUAUGACCGCCGCUCAGGGGUGGGGGCCAGAGGGGAGGACAUUAGGUCCCCCCCCAUAUUCCAAUUUAGGGCCCCCACUCGCCGCUCAGGGGUGGGGACCAGGGGAGAGGACAUUAGGUCCUCCCCUUAUUAGUAUUUAGGGCCCCCACCAACCGCUCAGGGGUGGAGGCCAGGGGGUAGGACAAUAGGGAGGGGGGACCCUAUUUUUUUAUUUUAUUUUUACUAGACUGUUUACUAGACAUGCCCCUACUCGCGGUAUAGCAAGUAGGGGCAAAAUUUACUAAUACUAAGUAAUUUUACUUAGUAUUAGUAAAUUUGGCUGAAAGACCAAUUUAGGUCUUUCAGCCUUUUGGUAGAUAACUCCCUAAUACAGUGGGAAUUCGGGAGUUAUCUACUAAGCGGCUGCAAGAGAAGUCCCGAAGUGCCGAAGUUGACGAAGUUCCAAAGUGCCGAAUUGCCGAAGUCCCGAAUUGCGAAAGUCCAGAAUUUCGGAAUGCUGAACCAAACCGAAAAUUUUCCCCAUGCACAUGCCUAAUGACAACCAUUGGGACUUGGCCCAACAGGUUUUUAAUAAGAAUUGGUCAGUUUUACAAUAUGAUUCAUGUCUAAAAAAUACUUUUACCAACCAACCAUCAAUGACCAAAAAAUCUGGCAGAUUAUCUAACCCAUAGCCACUUGAAACGGGUACAAACAGCAUCUACAUGGCUCCAAGCCACCAAACGUCUCUUCAAGUGUGGUCAUUGUAAGGCCUGUGACUAUAUUCUACCAACAAAAACAGGUUUGAAUAAAAGAACAUUAAAGGAGAUUACUAUCAAUUCCUUUGUUAACUGCAGCUCCACAAAUGUUAUUUAUCUCAUUACAUGUAAGUGCGGUUUACAGUACAUUGAAAAAACAUAUCAACAACUGCAUCGCAGAGUCUUACAACAUAUUAAUUCCAUCACUAAUCUACAUGUCAACACUCCAGUAGCAAGCCAUGUAAAACAGAACCAUGCAUCUAAGCCCAGUUACUUAAAUUCCAAGUGAUCCAACAAAUAUUCCAAAACCAUCGGAAAGGGGACAUAAAUUUAUCACUACUUAAGGUUGAAUCACGUUGGAUUUAUCAAUUCAAAACUUUAUACCCCAAAGGACUGAACAAGGAAUUUAACUUCACUCCAUUUAUUUAUUCAUAAAGGGAUGGUUAAGGAGUUUCUUGGAAUAUGAGGCAUGACCACCUGUUGUGGCCAUAAGUAGACUAAAAGAUCUCUCCGUAGUUAUUAUCACAUAAGGCUAAUCCUAGAUAUGUAUACAUCUAGGAAUAAUUUGUAUAUACAUCUAGGAAUAAUGUGUAUUUACACCUAAGAAUUAAGGUGUUUUACAUUACUAGAGGUUACUUUACUAAACUUCUCUUUGAAGUUGCUGUACCAAUACAAUCGAAAAAUAAAUAUUAAUUAAAACUUUCAUUCAUAAAUAAUAUACAUUGACACACUGUGGUUAUGGUUCAUAAUAUUACUUUAUAUUAGAUUUAUUUACUCAAUGUAUUAUCCUUGACCCUGGUGGUUGUUCUUUACCCAAAACGAGAUUUAUCAAGCUAUAAGAAUUUAUCACCAUUUCAUCUGUAAAUAUGGUUUGAAACAUUACUCCAAGUAUGAUUAUAAUCAGAUAAAAAAUCACUCCUCUGCCAAUAUAGCAUGGGGUCUUUUUGACUUCACUUCUGGGCUUUCUGUAAGAAAUACUCCUAGCUAUAUACUCCAACCACGAUUUUUUUUUUUUUUUACAUUUUUUGAUUUUAAUAAUGACCAUCAGUUCAUGAUCACUGUUGCUUAAUUCCAUCUCUCUUCGACUGGGUAAAUCCCAGCAUAAGGACUGUAUAAUCACUUGUUGAAUACAAUUACAGUUACUGCAGAUUGGUAACAUAUUGAAUGAAGUUACUGUAGCAAUCUUUUGCUACAAGAGACAUAACGAAAUUAUGGGUGUACUUAUGAGUCUGAGAAUGUUAAUCAUUCUCAGCACCUUUGGACUUUCUAUCAUACAGAAGGGACUUAAUGCAUAAUUUUACCUUGUUGUAAUACUUACUCUAAUAAUAAUUGGCACACUAAGUUACUAACUAACUAAUUAUUAUUAUUGUGUUUUUAUUUUUUACCCAUCCCACUAAAGGUUAACAGGACAAAUUGGAAGUCACUCUUCAGCCCUCCAAUCUGGUUGGCGGAUUUACUAUCCAACAAGUGUGGAGGGCGGAUAUUUUAACUAAUCGAUUUUCUCUAACCCGAUUCCCUUGGAAGAGCCGGUAGUCGGUAAAACGCGCGUCGGGAAUUUAGAGCAGUGGGUGGCAGAGCUAUAUGGGGUCGAUGCUGCAGCUUACUUUCUUCUAGAUUAGCCAUCUUUCUACAGUUUUAUUCACUAAAUAGAUAGGUAGCUAGCAGUUUAUUAGCUUAGGCUAUACUUCUAGCAUUAGGGGAAGGGGAGUCAAUGCUACUUUGGAAGUGAGUGAUGGGAGUUGGAGAUAUACUUAUUCACUUUUUUUCUAAUUUGGUUAUUAUUUUUAUUUUUUAUUUUGGGUAUUUGGAUUUAAGAUUACUUUAUUAUGACUACCCCCAUGCCGUAGGUACUACUAUUGCUUUAGCAAGUACCCUGUAGCGCUGAUCCCUUUUUCCCUUUUCAUUGAUGUUGUGCACACAGUACUUUUAGCUACGUUUUAUUAAAGGUUAUGGUUUAAAGAGAUUAUUUACAAGGGUUGCCCUGACUUAAGGUUUAGAUCUGGAAUACUUUAUACUUAUGUAUCGAUGACUAAACCUUCUUUUCUCUUUCUUUUCUCAGACAUACGAAAAAAAAUACACAAGUUACAAGUCAACUUUAUAAAUGCAAUUUGGUUUUCAGUCAGAUUAGAUGGAUCAUCUUUAAUAAUGUAGACGUUUACAUUAUCUAAGUUUUUUUGGCUUAUUUUUUUUCAGGCUGCAAGGUCCACCUCCAGUUGUAAAUGUCCAACUUGAGAAAGGUGAGUACCGUAAUUAAUCCUAAACCCAAUAUUUUUUUCUUAUUUGAUAUUUAUCUGCCUCCUCAUUCAACUAUUCUUCCUUUUUGCUGUAGGCUUCCAGAAGUCCAAUUACCAAACACCUUCAGGACGUUACAGAUUUCGCAAAAGUAGCAACUCAAAGAAACUUUAAAGAACCAUUCCAUCAUGAAACGGUCUCCUUAAGACCUUUCAACCCACCUGCGUAUACAUAAGACAUGGAAGUCUUAUCUUCAAGAAGUUUAAAUCACUAACUCAAGCAUAAAAUAAGCUUGCUAUCGUUAAGAUGCUUUUAUAAACACAAUUGCUCCUCUGCUUAGAAUUCAACAAGCGGAUUUCUAUCUCUGUUUUUUGUUUGUUUUUUUAUAUUUGAAUAUUUUUUUUAUUAAUGAAGAAUUCAGAGGAGGAGAUUAAAUCCAAGCCAUUUUAAAUCCUUAGUAUUGUCCUAGAUCCUUGUAUAAAGCACUGUAUGACACUGUAUCUGUCCACUUUUCUCCCCUGAUAUGUAAACCAGUCUGUGAAAGUGCACACAAAAAGGAUGGUGUAAGAACACCGCACGGCAGAAUGGUGUACAUUCUCUUGGCAUGCUUUCAUCACCUUUCUUAAGUAACUUUGGAGUCAUUGUGGCAUGGAAGAAAUGACUGUCUAUGAAAAGAUGAUGAAGCACUCAACAAGAGAAUGACAUUGCCAAAUCAUGGAUGCAUCACACCACAUCUUAUCUUGAAAUAGCAGCUGAAUGAGGGAGGUUCCAUUCUAUCCACACAAUCCAAUGCUUUUCAAAAAACACAAGCACACAAUACUCUCUGAUCUGUUCCAAAAUGCUUUCCUAGUUGGAUGAGGUGCACGGCCACAUGGAAUUUCCAUGUGUCCAUUUGGUUCCCUAGCAUAGGAACCAGAUAUAUGAUAGUUAAAGCGUUACUCCUAACAAAAAACACAGUGUUUUCAUUAAAUGCUGGUUUUUGGUUAGAGUAAUUCUUUCUGUGGCGGUCCGCCCCUUCCCCUCCAACACCAAAAAAAAAAAAAAGCUUAAACUUAACUCUUUACCACUGCCAAAGCCUAAGUCUUUCCGUCGGCUUGAUCCUCUUUGGCUAACGUCCCUCCCCCUCGCCAGAGAUCAAAGAGGGCAGACCGAGGGGGAACAGAGGCAGCACGGGAGAGAGGGUCUGUGCUGCCAUUGGCUGUCAGCAUGCUGUGCGUGCUAGUGUCAGAUGCCAAUUUUACAAAUAAUUAAUAUUAGCCAGUCCAGAACUCUUGGCCUGGGCUGGCUAAUGACACCACUGUGAUGCUGCCGGAGUUGGAGUUACAUGUCUAGCAGCAGAGGGGUUAAUGUUUGUAUAUGUAGCAUUUCAUAGCAAAGAGCUGCACAUACAACUCCAGGCACCAAGACCACUUCAAAUCAGUGGUGAUUGUGCUCGGAAUAAGUCUUAAAUUUUAAUGUACUUGCAAACAAGCUAUCCAUUUAACAGGUUAAAAUAGGGGUUUAUGUAAGACUUAUGACAGUUUUAUAGUUUAUUGAAUAAUGUAAAAUGUUUAUGCAAUGCUCUUCUUUACAGGUGAAUACAUAUAUGCAUAUUAAGAAAUGUGACCAAGGGAUUUGUCAUGCAGAAUUGUAAAUCAAUAAAUUCACUAUGACGCAAGCUGCAUUAUUGACUGUGACUACCUAUUAAGGAGCAUUUGCAACGAUAUACUUAUAGAUUUACUUUUCUUGCAUCACCUUUAAUUACAUUGUAAAUACAAAAAAAAGUAAUAAUACUCAAUCCGCUUAUUUUAUAUGUAUAUUUUUGUCUUGAGUUUGUCAUUAUGUUUAGCACUUAUUUUAGCUACUGUUAAUAAUAAAGAGGUUGCAG